CUCUCCUCCUCGCUGCGCGCUCCCUCGCUAUGCUCCUCCCCGCCGCGCGCUCCCGUGCAGCCUUUGCGCGGGUUAUCCUGUCGGGGUCGCGCUCGUAACUUCUCGCGCGGAAAAAUCUGAGGAGGCCAGCGGGGAGGCGAAGCUGCGCGUGUCGUUAUAAUAUUAGUGUUAUUUUUAUUUUUUUUUUAUUUUUUAUUUCUUCUUCUGACUUUCCGUCCAGUUCGGACCAGCAGCUGUCACGGCAGUCCCUGCACUAUGAGGAGUGAAUAGUUAGCGGCAGGCAGGAAGUGGAGGACAUCCCCCAUAUCGGGUGAGUGUCCGGUAACGGCAGCCUGGAGUCACCCUGUCACUGACAUAACUGGCCAGCCUGCCAGGAUACUGUGCAACUACAUCUCCCAUGAUGCUCAGCCUGCUGCAAGGAUGGCUGAGCAUCCUGGGAAAUGUAGUUCAAGUGUAGCUUUCACUCAGUCCAAAUUGUGAGUAACAUCCUACCACAAUACACAACUUCCCCAACCUAGGGCCACCUGCUCACCUAUAGAGGACUGGCUGGCUCUGGGACUACUCUGUACCAUUAUUAUUAUUAUUAUUAUUAUUGAUAUUUUAUAUAGUCUUACAAUAUUCCUCAGCACUAUACUUACAUAGAAAUUAGUAGUUAUAUAUGCUGACAUUUAAAAAAAAUAAAUUAGCCUUUUGUAUCUGUUUCUGCUGUUAAUCCAAAAGAAUGUGGAAAAACGCAGUUUGUGUUCCAUCAGGAAGGAAAGACAAACAAAUCCAAAAGCGUGAUUUAAAGGGUUACUCCAAGCACCAUGACCACUUCACUGAUUGGAAGUGGUCAUGGUCACGGUGUAUGUGCAGUGUUUCACCUCGAAAUGCUGCAUAUACCGAGUUUAACCUCUUGAGUAACUCCACCUCUGACAGCGUCAUAUGGGUGUUAUUAGCUAGCCCAGGAGCAAGAGUUCCAGGCUGGCUAAUGUAAAAUUGAUAUAUAAUUUAUUUUCCAUAGUGUGCCAUACUUUGUCUUAGUGACCAGCUGAUGCUCUCAUUCCACAUUCCCCAACAGUUAUUUUUCCAGUUCUGCUCAUUUGUCAACAAAUUAUAUUCCAAUUCCCUUUUUACACUUCCACAAUAUCCUGUUUAGUGAGUAAACCCCUACACAAUAUACAUGUGCUGUCUAUUUAAAGUGGCUCUAAACAAUCUUUUGUUUGGUGCAAAAUGAGGGUUUAAUUAGGAUGUUUCAAUUGCAUGAAAAAUAAUAAAAGGCUUUCUGCCUACCUUUUCUCUAUGUUUACACCUGUGUCAUCCCAGAAAACACCCUGCACCUCUUAACAGUGGAUAAUUUGUGUAGAAUAGAUAAACUGAUAUGGUAUUAAAAAUACUUACUUUUCACUUAGUUAAAAUGCCUCCCCGAAAAAGGAGAAAAAAUGUCUCUGAAGAAUCUGAUUGGCAGUGCUCAUCAAAAGAGGAUGCCGGGCCCGAGGGCAGUUCGGACGAUUUUCCAGGAAGGAAGAUUGGUGUAGAAAACCCGCUUAUCGUAAUUUCUGACAGUGAAGGAGAGGUAUGUAAUUUGAAAGUGACGACAAAUACUUAGCUGUGUAUUUAAAAAAACAAAAUAAAAAAAAACAACCUACUUUGAUAUCCAUAUUGUAAAAUGUAGGGAAAAUAGCCAUACUGUAUCUAUAGUAAAGUUAUUUUGACAUAUGUUUAGCUUUUUGGUUUUUAGUUAAUUAUAUUAAUUGUUUGAUAAAUUAACCUUGUAAUUCUAAAAUGGUUUCCAACUUUAAAGUCAAUCUUCUAAAUCAGUGGUUCCCAACCCAGUCCUUAAGCAACCCCUAACAGUCCAGGAUGUAGAGAUUACCCAGUUGUGUCUAAGGCAUUUCGGCUUCCCUGGGCCGCAUUGAGCAACGAGGAAAUGUCUUGGGCCACACAUCAAAUAUAUAAUAUAGUUAAUGUAUAUACAUAAAACUUUAAAAGCCCUCUUCUUUAUUUUCAAUUGUUUACUAGAUAACUCACUUAUGUGGGAUUACCAUGUGUAAGGAUACCAAAUUAGGGAACUAUCUACUAAACACAUACCCAUGUAUGUACAUAUGCACACAUAACCACAUAUAUACACACUGUGAUGGUGUAUGUAUGUGACUGUCUACAUCUGUGAUUAUGUAUGUGAUUGGGUCUAUGAUUGUGUGUGUGUGUUUAAUCACACACAUACACUCACAGACCUAUACACACAAUCACAUAUAUACACACGCACACAAUCAUAGACUCACAGACACACACACACACACACACACACACACACACAGACCUAUGCACACAGUCACAGACGACCACAGAUACAGACCCCCAUACAAUAUACACAUACAAUAACAGACCUACACACACACAUAAUCACAGAUAUACACACAUGAAAUCACAGAUCUGUAUCUGUAGAUCCCAUACAUCUACACUAGACGCAUACAUACAUAAAAAUCACAUUCACACACAUUUAGUAAUUAAGAAGUCCACCCAGCCUCCCUACCUUGUUCUGGGAGGGCUGGGAUGGAUCCUCAGUCCAUAGUUGCCAGGCUGCUGCUGGGCUGGGAUCUCUGUGCUCCUCCUGCACAGAUCCCUUUCACACUCAGUAGUGAUGCCGAAGCCGGGAUGACGUCAUAUCCUGGCUGCCGGCUCACUACAGGGCACGCGAGGAGGAAGAGCACAGUAAGUCAAGUGCUCCCUGCUUCCCUCGCCGUGUGGCAACCGUUCCGCAUUACUAGCGGUUUCCGGGCCGCCAGUUCGACAUGCCUGGUCUAAGGUAUUUUUAUAAAGGGGAAAAAAACAAAACACUUUAGAUACAACAGGGUAAUCCCUAAAUCCUGGACUGUUAGGGGGUACUUGAGGAAUGGGUUGGGAACCACUGUUCUAAAUGCAUUAAUUCAAUGCAUCUCUGUAAGGAGAUGGUGAUUGGCACGGUGCAGCGUUUUGCCGUGCAUGUGCAAUAGCCUCCCAAUGCUUUUCUAUUGGGUUGAUGAUCUCAGCCAUGGAAGUGGGGCCAGCCUUGGCAAGACCGGCACAGUGUGGGAGAAAAGGUGAGUGAAAUCUUUUUACUGAGAUCGAAGGGGGUCAGUAACUAAAACAUCGCAAUAAGGACUUUAGUGUCUGCAAUAUUCUUUGUAUUCUUGACACUUUAUUGUUCCUUUAAAUUUUAAAUUAAUUUUGAGUUUUUACUUUGGCGAAUAACUUUGUUUGAGUGGAAUAGAAUGGGAGAACCAUACCAGCUAUUUGUAGGUGUAAAUUGUGCACAUAUCAUAAAAGAGUGAAGUGAAGUUACACAACCUUGUUUUAUUUGUUAAUUUUGAGAGCACUAUGUGUGAUGAUAUGAGUUUUGUCAGUCAUUUUACAUUAAUGUAUAGGUCAGGGGUUCCCAAUUAAUUUUUCCCAUGGAACCCUUUGACAUAGUGUAUCAACAUCUGACGCACCAAUACACCGAUACACACACCUUGACACAGUGUGUAUCUGUGUGUCAAGGUGUGUGUAUCUGUGUUUGUAUGUGCCGGUGUGUGUCAAGAUGUGUAUAUCCGUGUUUGUAUGUGACAGUGUGUGUAUCUCUGUGUCAGUGUGUAUCUGUGUGUGUGUGUAUAUGUAUCUUACACACACACACACACACACUGGCACAUAGUGACACACAGAUACACACACCUUUACACUCAGAUACACACUGACACACACAUCUUGACUCACAAAUACACACACAUGCACAUACAAGCACACUGACAUGCACAUACAAGCACACUGACAUGCACACUUAGGUACACACAGUGACACAUACACAAACCUUGACACACUGAUACACAUACACUCUCACUGACUAACACACACACUCUUUUACAGACACAUACAAACACAUAUACAUUCUCACUGACACACAGACUCCCUGAAAAGCACGCAUACACUCUCACUGACAAACACACAUAUAAUCUUUGACAGAAACAAAAACAUACAAACUCUCUUACAGACACACAUACAAUUUUUAGUUUAAAAAAAAAUUUUUACUCCACCCAGCCCCCUACCUUUGGGAGUGCUGGCAUGGAGUCUUUGUCCCAUUGGCCCAGUGGGGCUGCAGGGCUGAGCGUGCGGUCCCUGGGAUCUAGUGGGGCUGCUGGCUUGCGGGGGCGCCGAGGGAGCAGUGAUCUCCCUGUUCAGCUUCCUUGUGCGCCUCUUAGUUAUGUUGGAGUGAUGUAAUAUUCUGGCUCCAGCAUCACUGCUGUGCGCGCGCGGGAGGGUACUGAGCGGGGAGAUCUCUGCCCACUGCUCCCUCGCCGCCCGUGGCCAUUUUAGUUGUGAAAAUUUUUGCGGAGCCCUAAUUGUGUUCUCGCGGAACACCAAUUGGGAAACGCUGAUAUAGGUGAACAUUAAUGUUUAACAAUUAUCUUUUAUAUUAACUAAAUGCAAAUAACUAACUCAUCUCCACAUUUCACAGAGAAUAUGCAAUGAUAUUUGAAAUCUAGAGAUAUAUUUAAUUAGCAGUUUAGUGAAUUUAAAAUAUAAUUGCAAAAUUUAGGAUGUUGUAAUUGGGAUGAAAUAGAAAACAGUCAAAAUUUUUGGAUUUGUAGUAUUAUUUUUACAAUCUGUGACUUGAGCUGAGUUGGACAAAGAUGCACACCAGAGGGCACCAGACACAAGUUAAAAUUAACAUCAAAAUGAGUGUAAACGUACCACCAUGGCAUACACUGAUCAGCCAUACCAUCAAAACACCCGUCUGAUAUCGUGUAGGUUCCUUUCGUGCUGCUAAAAAUGCUCUGAUGCGUCAAGACAUGGACUCCACAAGACCUCUGAAUGUGUCUUGUGGUAUCUGGCACCAACACAUCAGCAGCAUAUCCUUAAAGUUGCAAGGUGGGGCCUUCAUGUAUAGAAUUUGUUGUUCAGCCUAUUCCACAGAUGCUCAAUUUGAUUGAGGUCUGGGGAAUUUGGAGGUCAAGGCAACAUCUUGAACUCAUUGUUAUGUUCCUCAAACCAUUCCUGAAUUUUUUUUUCCGGGUGCAUUAUCCUUUUGAAAGAGGCCACAGCCACCUGGGUACACCAUUGCCAUGCAGGGGUGUACGUGGUCUGCAACAGUCUCUAGGUAGGUGGUACUUGUCAAUGUAACAUCUACAUGAAUGCCAGGACCCAAGGUUUCCCAGCAGUAUAUUGCCCAGAGCAUAAUACUGCCUUCUCCUAUAGUCCAUCCUAUUGCCAUCUCUUCCCCAGGUAAGUGACAAACAAUCUUGGCGAUCCAUCUGAUUAAGAAAAACGUGAUCAGACCAGGCAACCUUCCAUUGCCCUAUGGUCCAGUUCUGACCGGCACUCUAAAUCGGACUGCAUCCCCAUUUGCAACAAAAAAACUGUAAUAUACUGUACUAUCAUGGUCAACGUAAAGUUUUUCAGCAAUUUGAGCAGUAACUUUCACUCUCCACCUGCAUCGAAGAGCUUUGGACACCCAGUACCCCGACAUUGAUUCACUGGUUGUCCUUCCUUGCACCACCUCUGAUAGUUACUAACCACUGCAUACUGCAUACCAGAACACCCCACAAGAUUUGAUGUUUUGGAGAUGCACUGACCCAUUCUAGCCAUCACUAUUUGGCCCUUGUCGAUGUCACUCAGAGCUUUUCACUUUCUCAUGUUUUCUUGCUUCCAACACAUGAAAUUCAAGAUCUAACUGUUCACAUGCUGCAGGUGCCAGGUAACAAUAUAAUCCAUAUUAUUCACUUCACCUGUCAGUAGUUGUGGCUGAUAAUUGUAUAUGGAUUGAAAGUAUCCUAUUAAAGAAAAAAAAUAACAGAUCACAGUGCAGCAUAUUUAUUCAACCUAUAUUAUUAUUAAAACAAAAAAACCCACUCACAAACAUAUCUUGGCCUUACUUUGUAAACAAAGAUUUAGGUAGCCACAUCUGCUGCAUAUUUGCUGGUGGCUGACAAGGCCAAUGCAGGACAGACAGAUCCGGCUGCAGCAUUUGCAAGGAAAAAUCUGGUCUGACUUUGAUGCCACAAUGUUACGGUCCUUCCUCUGUUUUUUUUUAUUUUUUGUUUUUUUUUUAUUUCUCAAGAUCUGCAUUAAGUGCGUUCUUGAAGGAGAAGGCAGCUCGAUGAAUUGUGUAUCUCCAAGUCUCGCGAUCAUAGAUUAAUGGGAAAUUAUAGUAGCUUCCCCUUCUGUCAAGGCCCCUUCCCGCGGCACUGAAGGGGUUAAUAACCCCUUCAGUCACUUACCUGGGUCCUGCGCCGAUGUCACUCCGUGCUAGCUCAGCCCAUACUCCUUCCUCGCCGCUGGCGGGGAAGACCUAAUGCACAUGCGCGGCAAUGACCACGCUCUCAUUAGGAUCUCCCUAUAGGAAAGCAUUGUUCAUUGCUCUCCUAUGGGGAUUCCUGUGACACUGGAAGUCCUAGUGCAUAGCGUGAGGACGUCCAGUGUCGUUUAGACGACCAAAAGUUGUCUUAAGAACCCAGAAGACCCUCUAGUGACUGUCUGGUAGACCGCCACUAGAGGAGGGCUUAACCCUGCAAGGUAAUUAUUGCAGUUAAACUGCAAUAAUUACAUGCUCAGGGUUAAUGGUGAUGAGAGUUGGCACCCAGACCACUUCAGUGGGCUAAAGUGGCCUGGGUGCCUACAGUGUCUCUUUAAAGUUGACCAGUGAAAAUGGUCAAUGUGACAGGUACUAAAGAAUUUCUUCAGAGGUAGCUCUUCCUUGGUGCUCCUCUGUCGUGAUGCCAUUUGGCAUGUUCACUAUAGAGCACAACCUUGGGUAGGUGAUGAUCUUCCAUCCUGGAGACAUGCACUGCGUAGUGCAUCUGCUACUUUAAAAGCACAGCCUAGAUCAGGGUUAGGCAGCCUUUUAGUAGAACUGUGCUAAAACAAGAUCUUGAAGUCCCUUGGCGUACCGAUCCUGUUUUUUUUUUUUUUUUAAAUGUUGCCAUUUUUUUUGUGUUAUUUAUGGGUGCUGCGGUUGCUUUGUAACAUUGUAUUUGUGUGUGUAUGUGGACUGUUUCUCCAAUGACCAUGAGAGAGUUUAGCCCACCUGCCAUGUCAAGGCAGUCCUCUCAGGUGGGUCCAAAACUAACCUUUCAUCUUGCUCCCAUGAGCUUCUGGCAAAGAUAUUGAUUCAAUGGUUUCCUAUGAGGACUUUGAAGAUGUUGGGCAUCUUCAUGCAAAGCGUGAGGACAUAGAUAUAUUUGCGGCCCACCUGCCUUGGGGCCACUUAGUGUUGUGACUGCGAUAUUUCCUGUCUGAUUCUUGUCUUCCCUCCCACGACCGAUCGCGUGCUCCCGCAAACCAGCCACUCCCAAUUCCCUCCAGAGGCGUGUCUGGCCUGCUUGAGCAAAGAAGAGCAGGGCUGGAACUAUAGGACAGGUGGCUCAUCUUAAGGUAGUGGAAGAGGGGUGUGACAAAAUGCCUUUUGUCACUGGAUUUUUAUAUGACCAACUGCCCUUUGCCCCUGGCUGUUGCAGGAGCCUGAUUGCCAGCCUCCUCCCCCAUGACUAUGUCCCUGGGGUGUAUUGCCAUUUAAAAAGACUAUUUGGGGCUUAUUGAUGUCUAACAGACUUUCUGCCCAUUUGAAUCCAUGGGAAGAUGUGUCUCUUCCCCUCCCCUGUUUCCUGUCUAUUGUUCCAGCAGGGACAGGCACACUGCCAGACCAGUUGGAACAUGCUGUGUUUUCCCUCCUUGGUCUCUCAUCAGCUCUUGCUGUGUUUUAACCCCAUGGCGAUUUGACGGUGGUUGUGGUAUCUGAGCGCUGUUCGGAUAUAGUGAGCGAUCAGAUCCAAGCUAUAUGGGGAUAGGUUGAAUGUGGGGGUUCUGUUAAGUAUAAUAGGAAUUAUGUAUUUUUAUGUGUUUUAACUGUUGUGAAUAGUCAUUUUCUGUAUGCUGGAGGUAAUUGGCUUACCACACCCAAGCCAUGCUUGCAGAUGGUCACAAAGGGACUUUCAACUAACGUUUGACCCACUGGACCAAUUUGUAUGAUUUUGACGUAUGUUUGUAUUUGGAGUAUGCUGAAAAUGUAAGUUUUAUGUGAAUGUGAUGUAUACUUUGAGUUACGAAUAUUGUGUAAAACUGUGUAUUUUCCUGCCUGUGAUUAUUAAGUUAGACCAUUGUGUUCAGUAAUUAUAUCACAGGCAGAGGGGAGGAUUUUGUGUGGUAGUGUCUGAGUGUAUUGUAAGUAUUGAUUGGUUGUUCUGCAAAACUCUGUGGGCAGUACUAUGUGUUUAAAAUGUGCAUAAAAGCAUAGUGUUUGAUUAAAAGCAACAGAUCUUGUUGACCCUCAACACGUAGUCUUGUCUCGUGAUUGGAGGGGACAGCUAUACUCACACUGGGGAUUGCUGUGCUCUACAUACUCCCCUGAGCUUUAAUCACUUAGAUCUUUUAAGACCUUGUUCUUGAUACGCUCUCUUGGAGGAGAGGUCUUCCCCACACGGUCCUGGAGGACAGAAGCUGAUCCAGGGUGGACAGAAGACGGCGAGACUCCAGUUAAGCUGCGGUGGUUGUGGUGUCCGGUGCGGUGCUUGUGGUCCUCGGCGCAAGCUAGGAAGCGUCCAUCAACGGAAGGUACUAUUUCCUGAAGUUACAGUGCCAUACAGGAUACCUGUCCUUUUCAGUAUUCACAGUAGAAUUUUGAGAGAUGGAUUUAAUGAGCCUUAGCUUCCAUUUGGGCUAUUAUAACAGUUUGACUGUUCAAAAAAAACCCACAAAGGCCUACCAUUUGUAAAAGUAGACACUCCAGGGUAUCUCAUAAGGUGCAUAUUGUGCCUUAACAUACCCCCAUUUUUUCACCAAUAUGAAAUCAUUUUGUGCAUUUUUUACAUACGGAUUGCAUUUUUGCUGGGCGUUUUGUAUAUUUCGUAUGUGCCACUAAGUUCAAACCUCCCAAAUUCGGGGAGUUCCGUUACAAGGGGCUUGGGGGACCUUCCUGUGUUACGUGUUAAAUUGGGUAAGGGAGGGCAGUGUAAUAAAUUGGGGGGGGGGGGGGGAGUGCACUCCCUUAGGUAAGGACUUUAAUGGACUGUCACAAUACAGACGAAAUUAAAUGUAUCUAUCAAAGCAAACUGUCAUCUUUAUAAUUUUCUGAACUUUCCAUUACAAUAGUUACAGCUCAAUUUAAAUCGUAAGAUCAUAAAAAUUGUACUAUAAAUUGUCUUUAAUUAUAAUAUUGCAGCACUUCUAAAUAUUGUAGACUAAGUUGUAAUGGGCAUCUAAUUCUUAACUCUAAAAGUUAAAACAUGGGGGGAAAAAAAGAUCAAUUUAUGGCAUACUUUCUGCCUAAUUUGACUAUUUUGCUUGUGACGGACAUUAAAAGUUUUGGUUGUCAUGAGUCCAUUAUUUAUGUAUGGAUAAGUGAAUAACGUUGCCGUGGUCUGUGUAAUAAGUUUAAAGGUUUAGUAGCCACGCAAAGACUUGCCAAAUACUAGAAUCUCGGAAACAACUUUUCUAAAAUAUUACAGAUAACUCCUAAAUUGUUUGGGUCUUCAUAUGAAACUCUUAGGCUGUACCUUUGGGAGAGGUCUAGUUGCACCCCCAACACACGUGACAUAGCAGGCCAGAAAUCGAUUCUGCACUGCCAAGUGUGUAAGUCCUGUGCACAAAUGAUGUCUGUUGUCAGCAUGCACUGCAUUAGCUUUUUAACUUGCAGGCAGUGCUGUUGCUUUAUAACAUGAUAUGACUUUAUAUUCUGGUUUUUCAUGUAAUGAGAUACUCUAUUAGUGUGUUCCCACUGAAUAAAGAUACUUUUUUGUAUAUAAACAUUUAUGGUUGUGCUCCUUACUUAAUUUGUUUUUGCAUGUAUUUGGGCUUUUGGGAAAAGAGACUUAUGUAAGUGAGCACCCUAUAUCUCAUUUCUUUAGAGAGCUCCAUUUCGGGUCAGUCUGUAUUUAAUAUUGGAGUGUGCCUACCUUGGUUAAUUUUUUUACUCGCAAAGUUAUAUUUGACCUGGAAAGAUCAUUGUAAAAGGCCAAGUUGGAUCCUUCAAAUUUGUAGGUGGCUAAGUUGCAGCUUGCAUCAGAGAGAUUGAAAGCAUACCAGUAAGUUCGGGGUUUUGGGUGGCUUGAGAGCUCGGAAAAAAAUACUCCAGUAGAAUGUUUUUUGCCGUUGCAGGUGGAACCACAGAGGCCAGCAAUCUCCUGAUGUAGUGUGGUAGCUCAGGAUUCAUCACCUCUUCAAGGACAUCUCUAAUUCUGAGGUGUCUCUGAUGUGUAGAAUCCUCUAAGGCUAUUAUCUUGCUCUCCAUCGCUGCGUCACAAGAUCUUCUCUGACUAAUGCAGUGUCAGCUGCACGCAAGACUUUUAGCUGUUUAAUAAGGUUGGCAAUAUCUGCUUUGAUUGCUGAAGCUGCUCUGGGUUGCCUGGCACCUGUAGGCUCAGUAAGUUGCCUCUCUGACGCUGUCCUCUGAGACGCUGUAAGAGGCUUCCCACGCAGGCAGUCUUGGAUGAGGGUGCCGAUUUGCUGCUAAAAGGGUUAAAUUUGCAUCCUAUCUUGCUUUAAAAAAAAAAAAAAAAAAGGUCUGAGGGUAAAUAUACUCUCCAAACAUGUUGAUUAUAUAGGAGUUUAGCAGUGUCUCUCAUUAGGCUCAAUGUCCGCAUGGCUAACUCCCGUUAAACCCUUUUUAAUGUUCUAAUGCUAAACAAGAAUCCCCAGGAGUCUUUCCCCUCUGCUGCUUUGGCUACUUAAGAUGCACUAGCCUGAGCAGCAAUGGAUGGCUGUGAUUGGCUAAGAAUGUUAGCUGAUCGCUUUCAUCAUAUUACAGCACUCAUUGCUGGUAUGUAUUGGUAUUAUUAUUAUUGCCAUUUAUAUAGCGCCAACAGAUUCCGUAGUGCUUAUGGUAUGGCUAGGAGGGAGUGUGGAAUUCAUGUUUGUGACCCUGACCCUUUAGUGUUCCUUUAAUUCUAUUUUCAUUAACACCUUUAACUGUAAUUGGCACAUGAAGAUCACUGCCACUUCGAUGAUUUUGCUGAAUAGGCCUAGCAUUCUACCCUUCUGAAAGAGGUAAAUGUCCCAAGGAAAAAAAAUAUAUAAAGGAUAGCUAGCGUUUUAAAAAAUUUUUUACCCCACAGUUUUUAUUAAAAAGCAAACACUGCUGAAUAUAUAAAAUUUUAUAUAGUGUUACAUAGACUAUUUUUGAUUAUAGUGACACUGUUGUUGAAUAUUAACUUGUUGCAAACUGCAAAUACUCUGAUCUCUUAUUAGUUUUAUUUACGUAUACAAGCUAAAGGACUGGUUGAAUAUUUUUGGAUUUCUCAAUUUUAAGUGUAUUGUUCAGACUUCAUUGGAACACCUAACAGGACUUUUUCAGCUCCAUCCAUGUUCACUUUUAUACUGGAGCAGAACACUGAAUCCUGCUGUGUGUGCGCGCUCAGUGAUGUGUAUCACUUUAAACAGUUACUGCAUCUCCAUCGACACUGAUGAUUAAAAACUGUAGGAUUUCAAUUCUUUGCCGUUUAUAGCGGAAGUCCUGCAGGACUAAAGUUGAGAUCUGAAAGCAUGGAAACUGCUAAGCAUAUGCAAUGUGCUAAAAGAGCACUUGGGAGUUUCUAGGCAGAAAAUGCAUAUAUUCUUCAAACAGUGCUUGCAUUUUAAUGGUAUGCAAGAGCAAUUAUUAAAUUACUUAUUCAUUAAAUGAUAAACACAGGAAGGCAGCUGUGUGAGAAGUACGUGGAAUGGAAAGAAGCUUGCUUAAAUUAAAAGUAAACUGUAGUAGGUGGAAAUACUUAUUUUCCCCCUCAAGGUGGAGCUAUUGUGCUAUCUUAGCUUGCAUUGUAUGUGUGCUUUUAUUUGUAUAGCACUCACGGGUGUACUUAUCAUUUUACAGGUUAUUUUGUUGUCAUUUAUGUGGUGCCAACAAACUCUGCUGCUCUGGAUAUGGCAAAUAAAUGAUGCAAUAACAAAACAUAGUUUGACAGAUGAAAGCAAAAUGUCAGAAUAGGUUUUGACUGUCCUGGACACAUGCUUAUAAUCUCCUAUGUUGGGUAGGCAGAGUAAGUGAAGUAGUAAUUCAGACUUUAUUUUUGGGAUAAAAUACCUAGGCUGCUUUAUGCUCCUUAGAGCUGAUUUAAGUUUUUUUUCUUUGAGUACCUAUUACCAAUCAUUAGUUGUGGAAAUUAAACCACAUGCUGAAUAUCUUUAACCCAGUUAUGGCAGAUGGUGUACCGGACCUUUAUUCUUAAAUGGCACUUUCACUUAUAUAUCUCUUACAUGCAUUAAUCUUUUGUACCCGGUGCUGAGGAAUUAUGGAGAAAGAAGCAAAUAUGGGUUACUGAAUUUGUAGUCCUUAAAACAUUUUUACUGACCAAAUGCAGUAUAUAUAUGUAGGUGUAUAAGUCGACAACUAAAAAUUAAGAGGUGAAAUCGAACUGUAGGCCAAUAUUUGCUGUAUAACUCGACCCCCAAAAUAAUGUGCAACUUUUGGGCUUAGGCUGGCAAUGUAAGUCAACAAAUAGUCCAAUUUCUUAUUUAAAAUAUUUAUUUUUUCUUACUAUAUCCUGUUAUUUUAUUAUUAUUCUCGAUGAAUAAAUUGGUCAGUUUAAACGUAAACAAGCAAAAGAGUGUGCAGUUUAAUUUCUUUGCACAUAUGCGUGUAUCUCUCCAAUUGGUCAGCUGUGUACAUAUUGGUGAUACAAUACUGUUGUGGUAAUGACAUCUGGCACUUCUGAAAUUAGUUUUUAAAAAGUAAAUAAUGUCUCGUAAACGUACUCAAAUCAUGUGAUACAACAGUGACAAGCACUCCUAUUCCAGUGACAAGCACUCUCUCUAGAAGAGAAGUUGGAAGUGAAAGAGAAGUAUGAGAAGAGUGAGAGUAUUGAGUGUAUCAAUAAAAUAUUAAACCAAGGCCUUAUUUUCCGCUCUGCUUUGUAUUAACAGCUUUAUGUUCGUCGAAUUAGUUGACUUUCUGAGAGAUUUUUAUAUACCUAAAAUGACAACUUAUAUGACCCUAUAUAAGGUUAAUUGUAAUCUAGUAAUUGUAAUAUACAGUGGCGUGUACACAACCCAUGCAGACAGGUGCACGCAGACAGAUGCCUGCACACGCAUGCACCCACGCAGACAGGCGCAGGCAUGCAUAUAUGCACGCACGCACAUGCAGGCAUGCAUACAGAUAGGCACACGCAUGCAUGCAUACAGAUAGACACGCACAAUAUUUAAAUCACCCUCCUGUUUCCUACUUUUUAAGUGCAAGUGGUGCCAGAUGUCAUGACUUUCCCUGUGGUCAAAUGGUGGCUCAGGUUGAUGGGAGUCAGAGUUCCCACUCUGACUCCCUCUGCUUCCUCCUGCGCAGGCUCUCAGUGAUAGCUGGGAGGAGUGACGGGGAGUCACUUUCUCCCAGCGUGUGAUGAUCUCAUCACAGGGGGCCCGGUCGCGCUGUUAAAGCGCUGCAGUGCUGAUUGGGCCCCCUGAAAAUCCAUACCCAUCGGGUGGCCCUGACAGCAUGGGCCACCCGAUGGGCACCUUAAUAUGCGGACCCGACAGUUUGCUUCGCGGGCCAGGGGCCGCAUAUGAUGAUCGCUGGCACACGGUCGCAGGGGUCUGCAGGGUGGCCGGGCCCCCUGGAAUGAAGGGCCCGGUCGCAGCUGCGACCCCUGCAACCGCUAUAUGCACACCAGUGGUAAUAUACUGAGUCGAGGUUAUAGACAAAGUACACAGUUUAAGAAAUACAUUUCAUUCUAAAACUUGUAAUAUUUGCAUUUGCCCACAACAGUGGUACCAAAUUAAGAUGUCAGUCAAAGAUUUUCUGUAUCAACUCCACAGCCCUGUUACUACCGACCUGUUUUCUGCCAGCCAUUGCUCACAAAAACUUGUGGACUAAGAGCCUUCCCACAUGAUGUUAUGUAGAUGUCUGAUCAUCAUCUCAUGCAUGUGUAAGAAUAUCGGGGGGGGAGGGGGGCAGGGACACCUUGCUAUUGUUGAGAAUGUUUUGUUGUAUUAUUCUUUCCUCUGUCAGGAAAUGAGCAUAGGAAAAUGGAGGUGCGACGAAGAUGGUGCUUAAACCAUCACUAUCGUCACAAGAACAACUGCAGCUUAAUUUAGUUGUUCUUGUGAGUAUAGUCAAUCUCUCACUGCAUUUCCAUAUAGGCAGUGUAUACAUUGCUGCCUAAGGACAGCCACUAGAGGUGCUUCCUGGGUCAUCGCUGCACAGCGUUUCCACUGAACUUUCCUCAAAGAGAUGCAUUGAUUCAAUACAUCUCUAUGAGAUGUUGAUUGUCCAGCACACUAUUUAGCUCGCCCUGCCUCCUUUGUUGAGUUGAUCAGAAUUGAGAAUCUCAGCCAAUCCAAUGCUUUACCAUAGGAAAGCAUUAGAUUGGCUGAGGUUAUGAAGUUUGAUGUCAACCAAGGCGGAGGAUUGGGGGCGGGGCCAGAGCCAGCGACCCACACAGUGCUGGAAUGAAGGUAAGAUUUUAACUUAUUUAAGGGGGACAUAGAUAUAAAUAGGGUUAUUGACACUAUAGGUGUUUGCAUUCUUGACCCAUUAGUGUUCCUUUAAUGUUAAAAAUAAACUUUGCUUAAAAAAUAAGAAUGGUACAGACCCCAUAAGUGACAGUUCUGUUUUAAGAUUGUAGACGUCUUGCUGCCAUUGUGUGUGGUCAGAAUAUUUUUUUAUUUUUUUUAGAAUAAAUUUGAAUUUGUUUCAAGGUAAAGUAUUAGACUAAAAUAGUACAAAACAAUGAUAAUUUUAGAUCCAAUUUUCUUCCUUCUUUUGCAGCAUUUAAUUUAGAAAUGGUGCUCCUUUACGUUUUUCCUGUUUCUUUUGUACACCAACUAUCUACAGCGCUGUCUGGGAUUAUUUAGACAGCCAUACAUUUUUUUUAGCUCUUUGCUUUAGCAUAUUUGCUUUAAAACACUUUUAAUCUCUUUAGUCAUAGUUUCAGGAUGUCCUCUUUGAAGUGCACAUGUGAUUGCAAAAUAUAUUUUCACAUUAUAGUAACUAAUAUUUCAUUCUCUUCAUUAUCAUUGUUGCUUAUUUUAAAUUGGCUAUUUAGUUAGAACAUUUAAUAAAGGAAUUGUUCAAAUGUUAUUUCCUAUAAUGAGUGUGGCUUUUUUUUUGUUUGUUUGUUUGUUUGUUUUUUUACAAAGUUUAGCUCUUUCUUUUUAUCGAGAAAGAGGAUCAUCUUAUUUCUGCUAUUCUCCAUGCAAUUGAAGGUUUGAUUCUGUGGCACUUCUGCUGUUAGCAGGCACACAUUAAUAAACAGGGAGUAAGAAAAGGUCUCAAGUGUAAAACAAAAUCAGUUUGGUUCCUACUUAUCUUAACCAAAGACCUUGUCAAAUGAUGAGUGCAGUGUUUGUGUUAGUCUUACCAUAAGUUCAGAAAUGUCUAUGUAAUCAGAAUUCCAAGAUUCCUUAAUUUGUAGUCUGGUUCGUUUCGUUGCAAUUUUCCAGGUCUAUUUCUAAAUGCUUAUUAAAUGUCUGGCUUGUAAAUUCAGCAAAAAAAAACCUUAUCUUUACUAAGAAUAGUCUAGUGCGUUCUAAGAUUCUCUGAUUUUAGGAAAAGUACAAUUCACUACUUUUUAUCAACAUUUUUCUUACAACAAAAUACUGGAGGACUUUGUGUUAACUCGAUAACAUACAGACCAUGUAUAUUUUCUCUUUCACUGUAGGAAGCCAAAGAAGAAAAUACUGUGUCAAAAAAGAGAGGAAGGCUUCAACUAGAUCGACGGAGAACUGGCUGCAAGAGGAGAAUAGCACGUAAGUUAGUUCCCGAUGAAAGUUGGGCAUUCAUGUGUGACAAGCCACACAUGAUUGUGGCAUGAUUUGGAACAAACCUAAUAAGUGAUUAAACUUCUGCUGGAAAAUAUUAUUUUUGUCGGUAUUGUUGAAAAAUUUACUUUUCUAUUGAAGCUUGUUCCAUAUUCUGGGCAGUGUGAAAAUACAACAGUCACACAGUAGUAGCACACCCAUCAACCCUAUAAAAAAAAAAAAAAAGUAACUUUAAUCAUUGUGCAUAUUGUGAGCAGAAAACUGUAUUACCACUAAAAAUGAAAACACAAAACACUCAAACACCUCACUUAGGUGUGAAAAAAUAAUAGGGGGCCAGUUACAGUAUAUGAUCAUACAUUGCAUAAGCCUGCCACAACGUCAAUGAACCCCGUUCGUGGCAGAUUCUUCUUUCACAGCCUAAUGUCUGCUCUUAUGACUUUGAUCCACUUACUUAUGAAAUGCUUCAUACUGGGGCUCUCUGCAGGUCAAGGUUAAAUAGGGCCCUGAAAUGAGGCACAAGUGACAGGGAGGGAUGCAAAACCGGGGUGUUGGCUUAGGCUCCCAAAUAGGUUUUCGUUUUACACUCAUUCACUAGACGGCAAUCUCGGUGCUAGUAGAAUGCAUUAGUCUUAUGUGAUCAUAUAUUGCAUAAGCCUAUCACGUGUACUCAUGUAAACAUGCAUGAAUUAUAAGGGUGCUGAUGAGGGCAAAUAAUACAACAUACAACAUCCAGCACACUAAUUCACUAAACGGCAAUCUCAAAGCAAACCAAAUGCAAUAGAUGGCAUAUAUUACUUUUCUUGAAUUUAAUUUUUUUUUGGUAAAGAAUACUUAUUUCCAGCACUGAGACUUAUGUGCUGCAGCCGCCUGCUAUGCAUUUGAAGACUUGAGCAUGUCUCAUAAAGAAGCAAUGGAUUGGACAUAGGCAUGCAUGUCCAAGUGACGCUCUCCUCUAAUUAAAUGCUAUCCGCUGUUCACUCUGUUAUGGAAGAGGAAACUCCUCUAGUGGCUGCAAACAUAAACUGCUGUAAACAUUGCAGUUUAAAAUGACAGGACCACUGCACCAAGACCCCUUCAUUGAGAUUAAAGAGUGGUCCUUUAAUAACCAUAUUUGACAAUUCAACUUUAUUUGCCUUUAAAUACCUACCUUGCCGUACAAAUGUUGCUCACUUCAGUCCAGUUUGAAGGCUUAAAGGGACACUAUAGUCACCAGAACAACUACAGCUUAAUGCCUUUUCAGUGUUUACAUUGCCGCUAGGGACACCUUCAAGUGGCUUCUCCUUAGAGGGCCACUGCUUGGAGACACUGAAUUUUCCUCAUAGAGAUGCAUUGAUUCAAUGUAUCUCCAUGAGGAGGCCCUGAAUUGCCAAAACGUCAUCUGGCCCUGCCCCCGUGCCAAUUCUAGCCAAUCCAAUGCAUUGGAUUGGCUACAAAUCUGCCAUUUCGAUUAUGCCACAAAGGGGGCGGAGCCAGCGCGGCACUGGAAAUAAGAGGAGUUUUAUACUUUUAUGGGGGGCUAACUGGGGGGCGGAAGACACCUAAAUGGUGGGUAAACACUAUAGGGUCAGGAAUACAUGUUUGUGUUCCUGACCCUAUAGUUAUCCUUUAAAUGUUAAUACCAUUUUUUUUCAGUUUUUAGCCUACAUCAAACCAUACUAUUCAUGGUCACUAUUUGCUGCUAUACAUGCUUCAGAAAAUCACAAAAAGUCGCUAGUUAUUACCAGAUCCAGAGCAACCUCUAAUCUAAUUGAUGCCUUUGAUUGCUGAUACAUUAAGCUGACAUUUAGCAGGAUCACAAUGUUGCUUCCCUUGGCUCAUCUACUUGUCCCAGUGAUCUAAUCAGUGUCUGGAUAACUGAAACUUCCCAUGAUUAAAGCUUGACCCAGAUGUGAUGCUUUGUCAGUUAAUAAUAAAAUAAAUGUAUGCAUUUCUUCCAUCCAGAAAUGACUGAGGAGGAACAGUUUGCCCUGGCUGUGAAGAUCAGUGAGCAAGAGGCUAACCAUGGAAACUAUAGCGCAGAAGAGGAGAGUGAACUCCUGAGAAAAGCCAUUGAGGAGAGUCUUUAUGUAAUUAUGCCUCCUUACGUUAUACGAAAACAGAAUUAAUAAUAAAAACUAGAGACUUUAAAUUAGGUUUUUCAAAGUUUGCCCUCCAGCUUGAUUUUGCCUUUAUUCUCGUUGGUUGGUAAAGACCUGUGGAAAUGUAGUCCUGUUUUAUAAAAAUAAAAUAAAUAAAUGUACAUGUUAUAUAGGACUAGGUAUAAUUUGUGGUACUAAAAAAAAGUGUGUUUUUUUUUAAAUCUCCUAAACAAUUGAGUUUAGGAGAUUAUGUAAUUAUUCAUUUUGGAGCCAUACAAAUUAUUCCACUUAUCUUUUCCAUUUACUAUCUAAACCUCCACUGUGUCCAGUGUAUGUGUUUGUGUGGUUUAUAUAUAUAUAUAUAUAUAUAAUACAAUGCUAAACAAAAAUCUGCACACCAGUCAAGCCAUAAGACUUGCUUUUCCCACAGAAAUCCCAAAUCAGCAGUGAUGUAACAACCGCAAAGGAUUCUGGGUGGGCAUAUGCAAUUUCUGUGGGAAAAGCAAGUCUUAUGGCUUGACUGGUGUGCAGAUUUUUGUUUAGCAUUGUAUUAACUAUCCACAUACUUCAGGUGGAAGGGGUUUUCAAUCACAAUUUUUCCCCACCAUAACCUAAUUUAAUUAUAUAUAUAUAUAUAUAUAUAUAUAUACAUAUAUAUAUAUAUAUAUAUAUAUAUAUAUAUAUAUAUAUAUAUAUGUGUGUAUGUGUGUAUGUAUAUAUAUAUAUAUAUAUAUAUAUAUAUAUAUAUAUAUAUAUGUAUGUGUAUAUAUAUUUUUUUUAUUUUUUUUUUACAAAAAUCCAAUCCUAUUUAAUGGAAUAAAGGAAACGGACAUCCAAAACUUAUUGCCUGUCAAGAAGGAAAAGUAGUAUAGCUCAUAGGAUUAUAAUAUAUUAUGUAUUUUCCAUAUCUUUUUUAUGUAUUCCACCUUUCUUUCAGAGCUGUGAGGUUUCUGACAUUCCAGAAAAAGUAUCUGAACAAGAACUAAAGAAGGAGAAUUCUUCCAUUAACGAGGAUAUAUGUUCAACAGAACUUGACAAAGCGCUGCCAUUAUCACAGUCCUCUGAUCAAGGCAUUGUCAAAAGUCCAGUGGUGAGCUUGAUUCGUUUAAGCCAAGAUAUUGUGGAAAGUUCCAGUGUAAUUUUGUCACCAAACUGUAAGGACCUGUUUUCAGAGAUUGGAAGUGAGCCUCAUACCCCAUGCUUAAGCAAUACAAGUGCAUUUUCAAGCAAGUGUGCAACCCAACAACUUGCAUUAAGUCCUAUUUUUCCCAAACAGUCCCCACUUUCACUGAAGCUGUUUCCUCGAAAACUCUUUCCGGGCAAAAGCCCAGGCUCCACCGGGUUUCAGGAGGAUGUUGAUGAUCAGUUCUCGCAUUGCUCAGAAAGCUCUGAACAUGACUCAGUCUCCCUGCUACCCAUCUCUCCACCCAAAUCCAUGAAAAUGGAAAACUCGCUUCAGAAAAUGAUUGAUGAAAAGUCUGCACUGUUUAAUGGGGACUCUGCAAUACUAGACGCUAAAGAGUCUGCUUCUACAUUCAGCACUGACAUUUCUGAGCACGAGGGCAUCAGGGUACAGCAAACUGAGGGUUCUGUACACUAUUACUGGGGGGUUCCUUUUUGCCCAAAGGGGGUGGAUCCUAAUGUAUACACUCAGGUUAUCCUCUGUCAGUUGGAGGUUUAUCAGAAGAGCUUGAAGAGAGCUCAGAGACAGCUCUUACAUAAAAUGGACUUUGGUGAACCAAUCGACUUGGUAGCUGCUUCUCAUCAGAAUGAAAAAGGAGAUAGCCAAGGGAGUGUUAGUCAAGAGGAUCAGAGAGAUGAGUGUGUGCCUAAACUUAGACCAGAGAGUGAUUGUGAGGAGUCAGAGAACUCUGAUAAGUCAGUAACACGACGAGUGUCAAGUAGAAGAAGACAGUUUGAAAAUAAAAUGCACAGUCCUCAGGAUGAAGAGAGCUCUGUUGCACCACAGGAGGAGCCUGCCUGUAGUACUUCACAGGUAAGGGAAUAUUACAUUUUCAAUAUGCAAAGCAGCAAUGCCUGUAGAUUUUAAGUGGCCUCUACAUCCUCCGUAGACCGGUAACCUUCUAAUGACAGACAUCAUUUUUUUUUUUUAAGUUUGUGCUCACCAAUGACUCUGCCUUACUUCAUGGUAUAUCUGGCAACUAUCCUCCCAAAUUCCAUCAUCUGCUUGUUAAUUGGACAGAUAGGUCAGGCAAAAAAUUUUUUCUUCUCAAUGUUCUUCACCUUUCACUGGUUAGUUUUAUUUUCAGAGGUUUUACAUUAUUGAUUGUAAAAUGGAGACUAUAGUCACCAAAACCACUUUAGCAUAAUUAAGCAGUUUUGUUUUAUACCUUAUGCCCCUGCAGUCUCACUGCUCAAUUCCCUGUCAUUUAGGUGUUAAAUUACUUUGUACAGCCCUAUCCAAACCUCCCUGCAUGUAAUUUGCACAGUCUUCCUAAACUCUAACUAUAAAAAUGAUCUAAUGUUUAUAUUUCCUUUAUUGCACAGUCUGUUUAAUUUAGAAUGUUUUAGCUCCUGCUUGGUUAAUGGCCCUCUCGGCCCUGCAGGAGCCUCCUGUGUGUAAUUAAAGUUUGAUUUACAUAGAAGGAGAUAUUAAAACUUCUAAAGUAAGUUAACAUCUGAUUGAAAAGUAAACCUUUUUUUUUUUCAUCCAUGCUGUCAGUCACAGCCAGGGGAGAUGUGGCUAGGGCUGCAUGGACAUAAAAAGUGAUUUAACUCCUACAUUGUAGAGAAUUGAGGAGGGAGACUACAGGGGCGCUUUUACACGUAUCUUGUGCUCGUUAGUUAGGUUUCUAUAUUCAGGGGCCAUGAAUAUGUUAUGUUUUUUUCAUAUGUUACAUAGUUGUCUAGGUUGAAAAAUUGAACCGUCUGAUUGCUCCCUGCUCGCGCCCACCUAUUUCGUUAUUUUGACGAAAUAGGGGGCGCGGCUUCACGAGGCUCCUGGCGCUGGAACCAGGUGAGUAAAAUUCUCUGCUUGGAGAGUCCCUUUAAGGUAAAUUACAUCUGUUUGAAAGUGAAACCAGUUUUUUUUUCAUGCAGGCUCUGUCAAUCAUAGCCAGGGGAGGUGUGGCUAGGGCUGCAUAAACAGAAAAAAAGUGAUUUAACUCCUAAAUGACAGUGAAUUGAGCAGUGAAAUUGCAGGGGAAUGAUCUAUACACUAAAACUGCUCUAUUUAGCUAAAGUAAUUUAGGUGACUAUAGUGUUCCUUUAAGUAGAUAAUUCCACAUUUUUAUUGUUCUUACUGUAAAAAAAGCUUUCCUUUGUUGUAAGCAUUUAUUCAUCUAUCAAUAGAUGACCUUGUGUCUGUUGUAUAUUCCAGAUCAUAAGCAGGUUAGCAUAUAGCAGUUUGUACUGACCCUAUAUAUAUUUGUACAAUGCUAUCAUAUCCCCUCUGACGCUACUUUUUUCUAAAGAAAACAAAUCCAGUUUUUUUUUUUCUAGCCUUUCUUUAUAACUGUUUUCUACCCCCCCUAGUUUUGUAGCUCUCCUUUACACUUUUUCUAGUUCUGCAGUAUACUUCAUUACAACCAGUACCCAAAACUGCACUGCAUAAUCGAGGUUGUGUAUUACCAUUCAUUUGUAAAGAGCCAAAUUUAUUAUUCUGAUCACGUGAUCAAACCCCAUUUUAUACAGAAAGCACAUUGCAUAUCAACACAGUAAAGGAGGAGAGUAUAUUUUAAAGAGAACUGCCACAACAAGAGAACAUAGUCUUAAAUUAGAGGGGGCAAAGGCUUAAAAAUAAUUUCAGGGAGUAUUACUUUACUGAGAGGGGAGUGGAUGCAUGGAAUAGCCUUCCAGCUGAAGUGGUAGAGGUUAACACAGUGAGGGAGUUUAAGCAUGCGUGGGAUAGGUGUAAGGCUAUCCUAGACUUAAGAUAAGGCUAGGGACUAAUGAAAGUGUUUUGAAAUAUUGGGCAGACUAGAUGGGCCGAAUGGUUCUUAUCUGCCGUCACAUUCUAUGUUUCUAUAUUGUUGACUAAUUUGUGAUCUAGAAGUGUUCCCAAGUCCUUUUCAUUUGUUAUAUCUAACCCAUCCCUAUUUAAUGUAUUAGUGUCUUGUGGGUUAUUUAUUCCAAAAUGCAUGACUGUGCAUUUAUUUGUAUGGAAUCUCAUUUGUCACUUGACUGCCCAGUUCCCACAAUUUAUCCAUAUCCCUCUUUAGAGAAGUUAAAGGACCACUCUAGGCACCCAGACCACUUCAGCUUAAUUAAGUGGUCUGAGUGCCUGGUCCUUCUAGGGUUAACCCAUUUUUUCAUAAACAUAGCAGUUUCAGAGAAACUGCUAUGUUAAUGAAUGGGUUAAGCCUUCCCCUAUUUCCUCUAGUGGCUGUCUCAUUGACAGCCACUAGAGGCGCUUGCGUGCUUCUCACUGUGAUUUUUCACAGUGAGAGCACGCCAGCGUCCAUAGGAAAGCAUUAUGAAUGUUUUCCUAUGUGACCGGCUGAAUGCCCGCGCAGCUCUUGCCGCGCGUGCGCAUUCAGCCGACGGGGAGGAGAAGAGGAGGAUCGGAGGAGGAGAGCUCUCCGCCCAGCGCUGGAAAAAGGUAAGUUUUAAUCCCUUUCUCCCUUCCAGGGCCGGGUGGGGGCACCCUCAGGGCACUAUAGCGCCAGGAAAACGAGUAUGUUUUCCUGGCACUAUAGUGGUCCUUUAAGUCAUGUUUGGACUGUAUAUUCUAACCUAGUUUUGUGUCAUCUGCAAACACUAACAAAUGACUUUAAAUGCCCACUUCAUGAUUAUUUAGAGACAGGACAGAACCAUAACGCACUCCACUCUUGUCCAAUUUAAAAAUGUUCUAUUUACAACUACUCUUUGCUCACUUUGCAGUUAGUGUUUCAUAAAAAAACACGAUUUCAUUGUAUAAAUAAAAUGAUUUCAGUUUUACUAGUAACCUUCUAAGUGGAACUGUAUCAAAUGCCUUGGCAAAAUCCAAAUUAGAACACAUUUCCACCCAUUGUACAGCACUCCGGAAUUUGCUGGCGCUAUAUAAAUAAUAAAAUAAUAAUUGGAUCACCUUGAUCUAUAUUUUCGUUUAACUUCUUCAUAGAGCGCACUUAAGUUAGUUUGGCUGACAGUACCCGCACCUUGCUAAGGUACCUACUGCAUUGCGAUACUACGCUAAAGCCGGACUAGUGGCCAUGGAUCUUUACCAUCAGAAGAGACACCGAUAGUUCGAGCAAUCUCAGUAGAAAAUCGAGACAAAAUCCACUUUAUAUAAUAUUAGUAAUCUCAGCACUGACCCUACUAUACAGUUAAUGUAUAACAAGUGCUGAAAAUCAGAAUACCAUGUUUGUAUAUCAUGUUUGUUUCUCGUUUAUACGCCUGAUACCACUGUCGUGGUGUGUCUGGCUUGAUUAUCAUAUUGUUGCACCAGCACAAAAAAAAUAAAAAUGAACACCAACAAAAUAUAGCCAAAUCAAGUGUUUCAUCCCUCCAAGUCUCAAUAAUCCCAAUUAUGUAAUAGUAUUCCUUGAAUGCCAGUAUCUAAAGCUCCCCCAUUUUUCUACACAACCCCCCCACCAUACCUCCAAACUUGACUUUAGCUGAAUUCCCUCUCUUUUCUAUACUAUCUACCACAUUUACUCUUCUUUGACCCUUGGUUAAGUCCUUAAAUCUUUGCAGGACCUAUUUCAGCAUCUUCACACUCUUCAUCGAGACUCUGAACGUUCCCCAAAGAGAUACAUUGAUUCAAUGGAUCUCUAUGAGGGGAUGUUAGUUGGCACUACUCGGCACUUUGCCUCCUAAUGCUUUCCUGUAGGAAAGUAUUUUGCGGAGAUCAGCAAGAUUGAUCUCAGCCAUGAAGAAAGGGUCCGUCAUGGCAAGACCAGCGCGGUGAUGGAGAAAUAGUAUGUAAAAUAUAUUUUUUCUGCAUUUGCGGGGAGAAGGAGGGCAUGCCUAAAUAGGUAGUCAAGCACUACAGUGUUGGGAAUACAAACACUAUAGUGUUCCUUUUAAUAUCUGCUUUCCUCCUGUAUUUAUGCUGGUAGUCUAUAUUCUCAUUGGUGAUGUUAUUACUGCCAGAGCACUUUUUUUGCUCUAGAAUGUAUUUUUUGUUUUCCCCCUUCUCCUGGAAUAGUUUAAUAUGUUUUCUUGGUUCAUUGUUUUCCUCCAAGAGCUGUGAACAGAUUAUUACAAGAUGGAUUUUUUUUUUCCCCCCUAUAAAUCAUUUUACUUAGGGAUACACAGAGAUUUGGCUAACCAGCGACAAAGUGUCCAUGGUAGUGUUAUUGUUUGCCUUUACCAGGAUUAUCGUGUUUCCUAAUAUUAGCCAUACCCCGAAAAUAAGCCCUAAUCAUACUCUAAUCUAUGUUCAGGGAAUUUUCCCUGAACAUAGAUUUGCGGUAUUCUAUUAGCUAGUAAGCUGAUCUAUGUUUGGGAACGUUUCCCAGAACAUAAUUUGCAGGAUUCCAUUCCCUAGUGAACUAGUCAAUGUUCGGGUGUGUACCCCUGAACAUAGACCUUCUUUUUAGCACAUAUUUUUUCCAGAAAUAAGACCUCCCCUGAAAAAUAAGCCCUAAUGCAUUUUUCGGGGGACAAAUUAAUAUAAGACAAAGUCUUAUUUUCGGAGAAAGACUGUGUUCAUUUCGCAUGUGACUCUAGUCUGUGAUUAAUGUAUUCUUAGGAGGUAACUAUUUUAUGUAUGCAGUAUUGAUAAUGUAAUGAGCUAUGUGCAAGGGAUGUUGAGGAAGACAGUAUGUGGAAAAUUAAUUGUAAGCUACAUAACCCCUACAGCCUGUGUCAUCAGUGUUUUAAUUUACCGGAAUUCCGUAGGUGCACAUGGCUCAGGCACUCUUGACAGAUAUUGCUGGACUAGAAGUGACUCUUCCACUUCAAGUGUAUCAUUUCCAUCUGUCUUUGGAUGGAAUUAUGUGGAAGAUAGUGUCAGCUGAUACUCCUGAGCCAAUCCGUUUUGGCCAGAGUUGAAGCAAAUUGAUAUGCUUAAAGGACCACUCUAGGCACCCAGACCACUUCAGCUUAAUGAAGUGGUCUGGGUGCCUGGUCCAGCUAGGGUUAACCCAUUUUUUCAUAAACAUAGCAGUUUCACAGAAACUGCUAUGUUUAUGAAUGGGUUAAGCCUUCCCCUAUUUCCUCUAGCAGCUGUCUCAUUGACAGCCGCUAGAGGCGCUUGCGUGCUUCUCACUGUGAUUUUUACAGUGAGAGCACGCCAGCGUCCAUAGGAAAGCAUUAUGAAUGCUUUCCUAUGUGACCGGCUGAAUGCGCGUGCAGCUCUUGCCGCGCGUGCGCAUUCAGCCGACGGGGAGGAUAGAAGGAGGAUCGGAGGAAGAGAGCUCUCCGCCCAGCGCUGGAAAAAGGUAAGUUUUAACCCCUUUCCCCCUUCCAGAGCCGGGCGGGAGGGGGACCCUGAGGGUGGGGGCACCCUCAGAGCACUAUAGUGCCAGGAAAACGAGUAUGUUUUCCUGGCACUAUAGUGGUCCUUUAACUUAGAAACGGGAUCUUUUGCUUUAGCCAUAACUGUGAACAGGGGUUGGCUCACAUGGUGCUGGCUCUUUUGACAGAGCAUAUAUUUUUGUAUCUGUUUGGAGGGGGUGCAGGUUUAUUGAUGCACAGAAGAUGGCGUUGUUGCACUAUAGUAUUUUCCUUACUGGGUUUUUGUUUUGUACUUGGCCACAGGCCAGAAUCUGCACCUGUUAAACCUGUUAGGGGUUGAAGUAGAAUUUUUUAAAUAAUUUUAUUUAUUUGGCUGAAAAUAAUAGCACAUUUUGUUUUCUUAAAGAAACAUCUAUAUAUUUGUACAGACAUAGAAUAAGUAAAAAGAGAUUUUUGUUGUUUGUUAUAUAUAUAUAUAUAUAUAUAUAUAUAUAUAUAUAUAUAUAUAUAUAUAUAUAUAUAUAUAUAUAUAUAUAUAUAUACAUUAAGAUAAAUAUGAUAUUUUUAAUGCUGAAAUGGUGAGCUAACCCCAGCCCUUAAAACGUGCUUGAAAUAAUGAAAUGCCGUUGUAGAACACUAUAAAACUCCACCACUUUGAUGGUGGAGGUUUAUAGUGCUAUAUUGUGGCAUUUCAUUACAAAAUCUAAAUGCUAAAUCUACGCCACUGCUUUUCUGUGUAUGUCAAGUGUGGGUAUAAACAAAGAUUGAUAGCAUCGAGUAUUGCUUUUUCUAAAUGUACUUGUCAUGAAAUAAAUGACAGUCACUGUAGAAAGCACAGAAUUCAAUGCAUGAGCUACUCAAAUUGCUUUGUAUCUUUUUCAUCUCUACAAUUUCUGGUGAUCCUGUCAAUACAAUGUACAGAUCAAAUAAAUACCUAGGUCAAUAUAAGACAAUAUAACAGAAAAUCAUUGCACCAUGUUAUUUUAUUUUCACUUAAACAUUCACAGAGUCUGCAUUAUUCAGUAAAGUGCAAAUUGUUGGAAAUUCAUAGUGAAUUUCAAAUUUAAAAAGAAAAUAGCCUGACUGGAAAAAUCCUCUAGGUCAAUUAUGCUUCCAUCCUGGCUAUUUUGGCCUUAAAUUUAAAUUAUCGAAAAUUUGCUUUGAAUUCCUGACAAUUCUCACUUUAGUAAAUAACUACGUGAGAGUUCAACAAUUGCUCAUUAUUUUCUUUUUGAAGUUAGCUGACAGGUAUGCAGUGGUACAUAUGUGGAAUAUGAAAACAUAUGUCAGCUGCUUAAAAAUGACAUAGUAAUAAAUGCAUUUUGUGUUUGCUUUUUCUAUUAUCCCAGCUGCCUAUAUGGUUUCUCCUAGAAAGGCUCUAUAAUGGCUGUCAGGAAAUAUUGCAAUAUGAUUCAAGGUACCUGAUUCAUGCAGCUGCGGGAAGGGUUUAUUUUCAUUAUUCUACCUACACUGUACAUUUCACCUCAAUAAACAUUUUAGUGUAAUAACAAGCAAACUAGCACCCACAAAAAUGGUAACUGCUCCUUUUAAAAACACUAUCCUAAAGGGGUAUUGGGCCCUAAUAUUUUCAUAUUGGUUUAAAGAAACAUUCUAGUAUUAAAAAGAGAGAAACUGAUUUUUAAAGUUGGCAUUCCAUAGUACAUUUAGACACACUGCUUCCCCUUGUAAAACCCAAGACCACCAUUAAACUGACAAUAAUCCAACACCAAGCAGUUUCCUCCCGGCAGCUGCUAUUCCAGUCUUUUGCUACUCAUUAGGGACCUAAACUACAUGUGCAGCAAUUGCCAUGCUCCCCCAUUUGAAUACUUCAUUAACGACAUUUAAUGCUGUUUAAUUUCUGUCCAUCUUUUUUGGCCAAAUGUGACAAUUUUCCUGAAACAACAAAAAGUGAAGUUGAUAUGGUACCUGGAAGCUUAAGGGGUUAAACCAUUUACAAAAAGUUUAACCCCAAAGUUGUGUAGUCUGCAUGCGUACACUCUCCCAGUCUUCUUCGGGUAAAAUCUGCGACCGUAAUUUGGAAGCGUCGGACUGGGUACCACUGAUAGACUGAAAAUGUCAGCUGACACUCUCAGCCUAUCACUAGCUUUCCAUUCAUAAAAUUGAGAAAAGUACCUCUAUGCCUCCAGUCUGAGGUUUCCUCUUAGAAGAGCAAAGGGACAAGUCUACACAAAUUUGUGAUCAAACUGUAAGCAUUUUAACCCGUUAAUGGACAACUGUCACCUCAAAACUAUUGUUUAAUGUAAUGUUCCUUUUGUCAAGUUUUGGAAAGGAAAUAGAUUAUUUUUCUAAAGCUAAUAUCUGGAAAAAAAAUGAGAAACACUCAUCCCCUGCCUUUAGUAAAUUACAGGAUCCUUUAGCCAUAUACUUGCACCUUGGGGUCGGACAGUGUUUAAAAACCAACAGUUAGUUUCUAUGGUCUUCCCUGCUUCUAUGCAUGUAGUUGAGCAGGGAUGACCAGAGAGACAAACUAAAGUAUCAAUCACCAUGAAUUGGAUGGGAGGGUAGACACUAUUAUCUAAGAAAAUAUGCUGUAGUCCAUUGUUGUGUCAGUAGAUGCCCAAGCACUCCAUACUCUGGGACUGUAAAAAAGUAGAACAGAUAUUCAGCAUGUGAGACGCGUUGCCACUCUGGUUCAUGAUUAUGCUACAGAAGAUAACUAAUAACUCUUGAAGCUGUGGCAAUAGGUGUUUUAUUUUAUUGUGGUUGUCUUAAAUCAUGUCCCCACACUUGUAAGUACAUAAAUUGAUCUGAAUGAAAUGGCUGCACAUUUCGUAAAACUUUUUAAUCAUGUUCAGGGGGAAUAUAGCAGAGAGGGCUAUAUGCCAGAGUAUAGUCAUGAUGAGAAUUAGACUCAGAUGGUUAAUGGCCCCCAGUAACAUUAUAGGCAGUGGGCAGGCAGUGAUAUGCCGAGUGUCAGCUGACACUCUCAGCCUACCAUGGACGCCAAAGGCAACAAAUCUUGUGCUGUAUGGCGUCUAAGGAGAGGGAAAGCAAUCCGGGUGGGAGCUUGUGGACCCAGUUUUGGGUAGAAUGGCCUCCAGACACUCAAGCACCCAAAAAACUUCACUGAGAGGUAGUUGUUUUGAGGGUGGUGUGUUUUUAAAUAAGUUUAAUUUACCUUUAUCCUGCGCCUGCUAAAGCUCCUGGCGCUUUUUUCAAUGUCCCUUCUUGACAUCACGGCAGCCGUAAGCAGUUUAAUCAGAGGCUUCUUAUAGAAGCCUUUUUAGACCAUUUAGCCGGCACAGAGCACAUGCACGCGAUUUGUUGGCAUUGGCAAGGGGAGGGAGGUGGGAGGGCACUCGUUAUGUCUUUUGCCAGCAUGCAGUGCGCAAUGACAGAUGUAAGUUUACUUUCUGGGAUGCCAAUGUCACGUACUGCGGGUGCAACUUGCCCCUGGCGAAAAAAUGCUAAUUGCUCUGGAUGUGCAGUGUUUCAAGCAGAGACUAGACUCCUCCUGUCAUAGUGGUUGGCUUCACCCUUUAAAGUCUUAACUUUAAAUCACCAACAACUUUGAUGUACUGUAAACAUGAGACAAUCACCCACCUCUCUGUCUCAUUUACAUUGUUUAAACUGCAAAAUUUCAUUAAAUUGAAAAGGCUUACUUCAUGUUUUAAGCAUAUUAAUUAUGCCAUUCGCUUCUAAAUGCAAAAUAUGUAUUUAUUUAAAUCCUGUCUGCGAGUCUUAAAACUGUAGCCCUUAGAUAACUUUCUGGGUAUGCGCUGUGAGGACACCUAUUUCUGCUAAUUGGACCACAUACUGCAAAGCCUAUACAACCUAACAUGUUCUGGCAGGCCUAUCUCAUAAUGUAAAAACAUUUGUUUCACUUGAUAUAACUUGCACUUGAGGCCACAAUCCUUGCAGUGUUUUUUGGCACUUUCAAAUCUGAUUGCUUUUUUUUUUUUUUUUUUAUGUUUGGUAGAAUUUCAGAUUUGAGCGAAGACGCAUGUAAGAAAGACAUAUUAAUUGUAUAGUGUUAUUGGUUUGCACAGUGCAGUUAGUGGUCUUAAUGUCCAUUUACAGAAAUACUUGAAGUGUGCUUUUCAUUUACUUCUCUGUAUUACUCUGCUAAUGGUGCCAACUGCUUCUUCUUUUUUUUUUUUUUUUAACACAGCUGUAAAGAUACUGACUAGAUAAAUAAGAUGAGCAGCUGCAAUAAUUUAUUUUAUUAGCUCUUUAGAUAGUUGCAUUAAAUGUCUCAUGGACUCCCAUGCAAGGAAUACUAGAAUUAGGGGUUUGUAUGUUGGCAGUAUUACUGUGAUUUCUCCAACACAAUGAAAGUUUAAUCUUCCUAUUAUGCUUAAAGAAACAAAAUGAAACACUGCACUUUUCAUUCAUAGUUAAUGGGAGCAAUCACUACUCUGGAAUUUAUACCACCGAAUGAGACAAUGGCAAUCAACUCUAACUCUUGAUAACUUUUUAUGUGGUGCUCUUUCUUUUUAAUGUAUUUUAAAACUUUAACAAUUAUCGAGACAGUCUCACCCCUACUGGACUGAAGCAUGGGACCUGUGGGACAAAACUAGACCGCAACAAUCAUAUAUAACACAACCCUGAAGCUGGAAACGGUACCUCCACGACAGGAGGCUGAACUCAAAUGACAGACUGAUACCUCACCACACUACUCCACACGGCAUACACACCCAUCCCAAUUCCCCUCCUAUCCCCUAUAAACGCUAUGUUGAGACAUCCAUAACCAUAUGUAACACAACAACCAGGGCCAUGCUAAGCUCUGCCCAGCCAGCACGACCCCAUGACGAGAAAACCCAUACUACACCAUUAAAAAAGAUGACACUAUGCACAAGACACCCUCACACCACAAGGUGCUGUUACUAAGGGAUAACUACAACUGUGCAAACCCUGACAAACUACUGUAUUCAAACUGCAAUGCCUUAUGUGAUGUUAACCCACCCUAUUUACUUUCUGUACCCCCACCCCUUUUUCGACAAAAUAAAAAUUUAACAAUUAAUACCACAAUCAAGUUUCCCCCGCAGCACGUGACAUCCAACCACCAUGACCACUUCUGCUUGGUGGAAGGAGUCUGGGUGUGCAGUGUUUUUCUGCUUAAAGCAUUGCACAUCCAGAGUUAUUUGCACUUGAGUGCUAGGGGCAAGUGACCCCAUCCGUUCCUCCAACACACGUGAUUGUUUGAAAAGCCUUUGAUUGGACCUCUGUGCAGCACUAUUCAUGUCAGUCAGGGAUGUGUCUAGAAGCGCCGCAAGCUUCUCCCGGCACUGGGUUAAGGUGAGUAAAGCUUAUUUUAAAGAAUAAAAUUAUGCCAAUAGGACAUUAUUCUAUCAUAAGUGAAAAAGGGUUGGAGAAACCCAUUAAGUUUACAAACUGGAGAAGAAACUAGAACAUGUUUCUAUUUUUCCUCCCUUCUUUAGUGACUUUCUAUGUUGACAGUUAGUUAAAAAGGGCAUAGCUUAUAACUGAUUAGCAGGGAGCCAAGAUAGAGCUGCCUAGUCUAAGGGUAGAUGUAAAUACCGUGAGCUGGAUAUCUGCAUUUAAUAAAGUUCAUACCACACAUAUGUGUUUGUUAAAUUCAGAUAAUAAGUAAGAAAACUUACAUCAUUUCCAUGUACCGGCGCUGGACCCGCUCCUGAUGCACCUCCUUGGCUGACAUAAUCAUAAUUGAUUUCCGACAAUUCAAUGCUUUCCAAAGGAAAGUAUUGAAUUGGCUCAGAUCGUCACGGGGCAGGGCCAAAUGCUGGCUUGGCCAAUCCGCAUCUCGAGCCACUGUUAGUAGAUCAGAUCAAUUACAUAGCCUUCAAUUCAUUUAUAUAUUGAAUUGUAUAUUAUACAAAGAGCAAAUACAAUUAAUAGAAGAUAAUUGGUUACAUUCAUAUAAUGUCAAACUGAAUGAAAUAAGGGGGAAGAAAUCAUCAGCAGGAUUUUGCCAUCACCUUAUAAACCGUGUGUACUUCUUAGUUUUAACUUAUUCUAGAUGUCUUCUUAUAGCCAUUGAUGGAAAUAUAGUUAUAGAUGUUUAAAUAUAAUGCCCAAAGCCUUCAUCGGACUUCCAAGUGGGCUGCUAUUACACCACCUUCGUUGAAGGUCUCCAUAGGAAUACUCAUGAACACCGGGUAUGAAUUUAACUGCAAUCGAGAACUAUAUAGUAAUUUACUGUGUUGCAAUACCACACUGUUAUUUGCAUUUAUAUCUUCGUCUAGGAUCAGCAGAAACCCCACUAGUAUAUUUUUUUUUGUAUGCUGGAUGUUAGAGGGUAUUUAGCAGAAGCCUUAAAGGGGUAGUGCGAGUGCAUCAUUAGACAUGCUUGUGCUACGAUAAUGACGCUAGGACCCUACAGAGAGCACUGAAACAGUGCUACCUGCAUUGCCUGCUUGACUGACAGGCAGCCUGGUAUGCAUUGCCAGGCUGACCAGUCGGUUCUUUGUGCAGUUCUGCUCCCUUUCUUAGGGAUUCCACCACACUGUGGAAGUGACAUGAUUUUGUAUCACUGACCUGCCCAUGAGCGUUCCACUGUUUGGGCAGAAUAAUAUUUGAAAAAAAUGCAUUUUUUAAAUUGUUGAUACAUAUAUAGUGAGUAUCCUUGACAGGGUUUUUAAACUAAACCAAAAUUGUAACUAAUUCAAAUCCAUAUGCAAAAUAUAGGGGGAGGGAGGAAUAUUUAAAAAAAAGGCUUUUUGGCUUAAGCACAAUUUGGCAGGAUUUUAAAAGCCUUCAUGUUGCCAUUUGAAUUUCAAUUUGCUUCAGCUUAGAAUUACCCAAUGAUUAUUCAAUGUUUGUCAAGAUAUGCUAACUAUGCUUUCAGGAUUAUCUAUUAACAUGUAAAUGUACAUUUAAAAAAUAAAAAAACUGUAAAAGUUAUUGACUUGGAGAAAUUUUCCAGUUUCACUACUUUCACCUCCGAGAGAAUCCGAGAGCGGGCACCCCCCAGGCAGUUGAUGUAUUGCACUGCCGAGACAUUUUCAAUCCGUAGGAGGACGCAGCAAUCUGAAAGGUGGCUUGCCAGAUUCCGACUUGCGAACGAUCCUGUAAUCAGUUUCAGGCAGUUGAUGUGGAACUCUGACUCCAUCUCAGACCAUGGUCCCCCGUGGAGCUUGUCGCCUUUAAAUUUAAUUUGAAAUCCCAACAGUUCAUUGUUUACAGCUAUUCAGUUGAUGAGCCCAACUUUCCAUGGAAAGAAUGAUUUAUUUUACAAUUAGAUAGUUAUUACAUUUCAUGUGUCAUGAGCCAAAAAAAAUGGCACAGUGUCAAAGCCUGGGCAACCCAGGAGCCAGUAGUGUUUGGUGUGAAGAACAGCUCAAAUGAUCAUGCAUCCGCUAUCUAUUUUACAUUGUGGAGUUCUCAGACCCAGAUCAACUAGAUCAGAUCAAUGCUUAAGUUAGCCUUUUUAAGAAACAUAUAGACCAAUAUACUCUCCGUGCCACAUACGAAAACCAUCCCCCAGAUGGGUCAACUUGUUUACAUACCAUUUUACCUGUAAAAAUGUUAGACUGCUAUUUCUCUUCAAUCCUGUCCCAGCUAUUAUUUUCUUUUCACGGUUCCAUUUUCACCACCACAAAAAGUAUGCUAUAUGUAAGAAUUUUUCUCAUAAGACUAGGCCUGAAUCCAGCACUUUAGUCAGGACACUCUUUUCAGGUAGGAGCAGCAUCUACAGCUCCUGGUAGGAAUGUUCCUGUCCAUAUAUGUAAAAAUUGGGUUGCAUUCCCAAGCCUGAAAUACAACUGGCAUUUCAAGAUUUAGUAGUCUAAUUUGUCCAUUAUUGUAUUAUGUUAGUUGUAAUAAAUUGUAGAUUAUACUAGCUUUAGUGUAACUAUAAUCUUAAUUUUAUUAGUGACAGGAGGCGAAUAUUUGCUUAAGUCUCUCUUUACUAGAACUCCACCUCAGCACAUUAACAUAGAGAGAAACAACCAGUCUCUAACCUAAUGCGCUCCGAAGGUCAAAUUCACCCCCGCCUAUGCCAACAACCAUUUAAUCCAUCGCGCCAGAGUAGGAGACGAGACUGGUUUGUGAGGUCAAUAACUGACCGGAACGAGAAGGGCGAAGGGGAGAGGUAAUCGCUACAUAACGAGACAGCGCCUUCGCUACACAGUUUAGGCAAGUCGCGGAAAUUUGGGUAAAAUAUAGCAGUCAAAUCCGACUUAGUACGUCUAGACACCCCGAAGGGGACCCCUUCCGAAGAGAUAGAAAAGGCGUCAACAUUGAAGGCCCGGACGUCUGAAACAUGUCUUAAAGAAAUAAGGCAAAGUAAGAGGGCAAAUUUAGCCGAAAGUUGAUGAAGGGAAAGGUCUUGAUUAUCAGGCCAAUCCUGGAGGAACGACAAAACCGCUCGUACGUCCCAGAGAGAGGAAUACUUAGGCAUCAGAGGACGAGGUCUCAUACCUCGGAGUAGUCUGCAAACCAGCAGGUACUGAUCAAUGGAAAGACCUCUAAGCGGUACGUGGGCUGCCAAAAUCGCCAGUCUUGCUACAUUAACCGAACGAUACGAGCGUCCCAGGUCAAACAGGUGUGACAAAGUUCAACACGCUGGUUACAGGGCCCGUAAAGGGAUUGGUAUCCCGUUCCAGGCACCAAUGACACCGGGAGCUCCAUGCUGACAAAUAGCAUCUCCUAGUCCCAGAGGAGGUCCUUAGCCUACUGUGAUAACGCCUCAACAUUCCAGGCUCCCCUGAAAGAGUCCAGGCCAGUUGGCAGUCUAUCACGAGGGGAUGAAGAUUGCCCCAGGAGUCCGACAGAAGCAUCAGAUGGGAUGACUGGAGCAGUGGAUCCUGAUGGGACAGAUCCAGGAGCUCUAGGAACCAGGCUUGACUCUGCCAUAGCGGAGUCAGUAAUACCAAAGACACACGUUGACGUCGAACUUGCCGCAAGACCCUUGGUAUCAUAGCAAAUGGAGGAAACGCAUAAGCUCCCUGUGACGGCCACACCUGAGCAAGCUGGAUCCGGGAGCCAGCUGAAGUAGGUCGGGACCUGAUAGUUCAUCCGGGAGGAAAAAAGGUUGACAGUGAACAAACCCCUCCGGUCUGUGAUCUCGAGGAAGAUGGGACGACAGAGUCUCCAAUCGCUAGAGUCCCUCGAAUGUCUGGAGAACCAAUCCGCCGUCAGGUUCGAUUCCCCCGGCAGAAACUCCGCCUGGAGGGUGAUGUUGCGUUGGAAGCAGAAGCUGUAAAUCUCCUUCGUCACCUCCGAGAGAAUCCGAGAGCGGGCUCCCCCCAGGCAGUUGAUGUAUUGCACUGCCGAGACAUUGUCAAUCCGUAGGAGGACGCAGCAAUCUGAAAGGUGGCUUGCCAGAUUCCGACUUGCGAACGAUCCUGUAAUCAGUUUCAGGCAGUUGAUGUGGAACUCUGACUCCAUCUCAGACCAUGGACCCCCGUGGAGCUUGUCGCGCAGGUGGCUCCCCAAUCCCAAAGACUCAGUCUGACUCUAGCACGAAAUCUGGAGUCGGACUGAAGAUCGCUUUGCCGUUCCAGGCAGACAUGUGAAGGAGCCACCAGCGUAGUUCGGUCUUCACAUCCGGAGAAAUGGGAAUCGCUUGGUCGUAGGAAGGUCUCUUGCUUAGGAAGCGAGCUUUCAGACGCUGCAUGGCCCUGUAAUGGAGGGGGCCUGGAUCGAGGCAUAGAGGAGACACACCUUGCGAGCCAACAUCCGUAGUGGGAUCCGGUCUAGACGCAGAAUCCUCCUUAUUUGCUUUCGAAUGGUCACUAUCUUGGGUAGAGAGAGACGCAGGACACAUUCUCUCGCAUCUUUACCACCUGAUAUGGAGAGAGAGCCAACUUCUCCCGGUUGACCACGAAACCCAGGUGUUCGAAUAAGGAGACCGCAGAGCGCAUGUGACACUUCAGUCUGGAGGACUUCUCGCAGAAGAUAGGCAGAUCGUCGAUACAACAGACGCCUUCUGAUCGGAGGCGCGCAAUCACCAGUUUCAAGAGCUUGGUGAAGCACCACUGAGCCAAGCUGAGGCCGAAAGGGAGACAGGUGAACUGGCAAGAUCUGCCCUUCCAGAGGAAACGGAGGAACCUGCGGCACUCUUCUACCGGGACCGAGAGGUAGGCGUCCUUCAGAUCCAGUCUCGUAAACCAAUCCCCAGGCUGGAGGAGGUCCCGUAGGAGAUGGGGAUGCCCUCCAUCUUGAAAUUAUGGUAAACUACAAAGGUUGAUCACCGGGUGCAAAUCUCCAGACCUUUUCCUUACUAGAAAAAUUGAGCUGAAGAAACCCUGCGUAUCCUAAGCCCACUGGACCGCGCCCUUGUCGAACAGGGCCCGAAUCUCUGUAUCUAUCAGGGACUGUUGGACCCUUUAGGAGACGGGGACCGGCGCAGGUCGAACCUGAGUCGGUGUGGGGAAUGAAAAUCUGAAAUAUCCCAGCAACGGUCUUAAGAACCCAUGCGUCUGAGGAUACCUCCCGCCACCUGUCCCUGCAGUGAAACAGUCUGCCCACAUGCAACAGGGAGAAAGGAGAAACGGCAGGAGUUGCUCUCACCUGAAGAUAGUCUUGCACGCCCUCGGGUUCGACUUCCUCUACCUCUGUCUGACCUCUGUGAGUAGAAGGACCGGGAAUGGUAGGACGGGAAGAAAGAUGGUCCAUGGGAUCCUCUGCGACCAGAAGGCCUGAAGCGGCUGGAGACUCGACCCCACUGUCAUCCAGCCCUGCCAAAAACCUGUGAAUUCUGUGGGCGAAAGACCCUCUUCAUGGAGCUCUAGACUUUGAUUCACAUGCUUAUGAAGCUCCUUUAUGAAGGGUUCCCCGAACAAAAACACGCUCAGCCAGGGGGCCUAAAUACUUCAACCCCAAUUCCGACAACUUGUUGUCCAUACGAAGGAUCGCCUUCCUGCGUUCCGUGGAGAGUGCCACAUUCGUAUUGCCCAGCAGGCAAAUCGAGCGCAGAGCCCUGUCCCGCAUGGAGGCCAGGUCCUCCCCUUAGAGUAGGCCUCGUCCCCAAGCAUGAGCAUCCUUGAUAGGGGGCCCAGCAUGUCCAGCAGUUUGUCCUGCGCAAGACGGAGGCUGUGCUUGACCCCUUUCUUAGGAUCCCGUCUGGUGCGUGUCAUGUACGUGACGACCAGGGAAUCUAAUUCCGGGGUCGCAGCGACCUUAUCCGGUAGUACCGGCCUGCGGCAUUCUGCCCGAAGUUUUCUGCGGACUUCCCAAUCCAGCACAAAUUGUGCUAAGUGGUCGGGUAGGGACCAUCCGGAGGACCUGGGGUGCUGAAUGGACAGAGGUUCGAACAGGUUCGCCCGUGGCGUCCAGGAAGGCGUCGUCCACUACCGUAAUCGUUGCCCCAGGCGUGGAGGCGUCUUCAGCUUCACGAUGCCACUUGGGGUCCUCUCUAUAAUCCUCGUCCCAAUAGUCUUCCUCCUCCGAGGGGUACUGGUCCGCCGCCAUUCAUUUAGAACGGCUACGGGUGGGAGGGGUAUGGAGACAUCCUCCCCCUGCCUGAUGGGCAGCAGCGCCUGGCUGGUGAGGCACAUAGCAUCGGGCCUUGUCGCUUCGCCGGAGCCUUACCCUUCCGGGAGCGCGGUUCAGGGCCUUCACCCCUCCAAUAGCGCUUCUGCGCAGUUCCCUGCUCUCUUCUAUGAGAGCCUGACUCAGCCAAGUCAUCUGCCGUUUGAGGGGUCCCUCUAACGCCCCACUCUGGUUGUGCUUGAGGGAGACCCCUAGCCAGGGCUUUUUCCACGGAGGCGGCCACCGCCGCAUUAAUCCUCGCCUGCAAUUUCUGCUCUUGGGUAGAAGGUUCCAUAGUCAGGGAGUCUUGGGCGAUGUGACACCUAGGAGCACAGAGGACAAGUGUCACCAGCAGAAAAUUGGGGCAGAACCCCAUAUAGUGGCAGCGGGAAGUAGGGUAGCGCAUACCAUGCACAAGCGUAAGCAUAUAGCACUAGGCCAUGCGUUCAGAGGCAAUGGCACAGACAAGGAAGGCCAAUCAAGGGGCACAGGCAAAGCAGUCCAAUCAGUGUGAGUAGAUAAUUGCCAGGCAGGGUAGGCCAGCAGUGAAUACAGACACUGGAGGGCAGUCCAGGAGUAAGACAUGCAGGAAUGUGAAAUCCAUAUAUAUUAAAGGAUCACUAGAGAAACAGAGAAAAGGGUACAAUCUGUGGCACUAAGAGGUUGCUGCUAGAACACACUAGUGGGGUCAAUCACAUAUAUCCCACAAAAUCAAGAAUACAGAACCACAAAAAGUGUGCAGCGCAUGUGUAGAAUACCCACAAAUAUAUUUCAAUUGUGCAUGCACCCCAAUAUCAGUAGAUAAUAAACCUAUACAUAAAAAAACAGGAGAGAGGACCUCUAGCAUAAUACUGCUGUAAUGCAGAAAUCAGAUGUAAUAGUCUAUCUGGUCCAACUCACAUUUUGUAGAGCCUGUUUAGGAAGAAAUUGGCUCAGGUAAAAUUGCUUUAAGAGAUGUUCUUGGGUAUAUUUCAACAGGAUGAAGCUUGGUCCUCGGUAUAUAAGAGGCACCGGAUAGGUAAACACCAGUUAGAGCAAUAAACAAGUAACAUUCAUUCAGAAAAGUAUAAAAUCUUACAUUCAAGUUUCUGUGAUGCCAUAAAAGAAAGCACAGCGCGUUUCAACGAUAGUAUUCAUCUUCCUCAGGUGCAGUAUUAAAAACAAGCUUCAUACACAUUUUAAAAAGCACUUUGGCGCGGGAAACAGGUACUUAGAACCGGCCCCCUUCGCCUGUGAGCCAAUCAGCUCUGCAAUUUUCAUUAUCCUCUUCAGGCUCGAGUGAUGCCGUGAUCGCUUCUCGCUAUUUAAGGGUUCAUGCGGUCCACCGCUGUCACUUCCUGGGUUUGCAUGCGUUCCAAGGCUUUCACUUCCUGGUUCGCAUGCGUUACACCUGUUUUAUAGAUGCGAUCCAAGUUCAUGGCAAUCUGCCUAUUAUAAUGUCUUAUGUGCCUCAUUGUUCAUAUGGCAGUCCAUACAUAUAGGUAAUCAAGGUGGCUCAGAAGGAUAAAAAUACAUAUGUGAACACAAAAAGGGACAAAUGAAAGAAAAAGAAUUAAUCCAACAUAAUAAAGAGACAAAUUGGACCCUAAAAUAAUUAUUAUACAAGGAAUCAAAAGUAAAAAAUAUAAGCAUCUGAAAAGCAUCAUAUAUAAUUAUACAUAUCAAAAUCCAUAUUUAAGCCAUUGGGAGAGAGGGUUUCCAAUUCAAAGAUCCAUUUCAUCUCAGUUUUAUUUAAGAUCUUUAAAUGGUCGCCCCCUCUCCAAGGCUUUUGUAUCCUCUGAAUCCCCAUAAAGGGCAGACAUUUUGUUUCACCGUUAUGUUUUUGAUUAAUAUGUGCAGAUACAGAAUGGUUAAGAACUCCCUUCUGCACAUUCACAGAUGUUCACAAAUUCUGACUUUUAAGGGUCUGGUGGUACAUUCUACGUAUUGUAAUCCGCAAUUAAGGGUUAAUAAAUAGAUUACAUUAUUGGAAUUACACGUAAUAAAUUCUUUAACAGCGAAUUCCUUUUUAGUCUUUUUGGAAUAAAAUUUCUCUGUUUUCCUAUUUACAAUUUUACUAGUGUUACACGCUUUACAAUUUCCACAGUUAUAAAACCCUUUUAACUUCUUUCCAUAUACGUCUUUGUUUUUUUAGGGGAUAAAACUAUUGGUUAGAAUAUUUUUGAAAUUCCUGGCACCUCUGUACACUAUUCGUGGUUUAUCUUCUACAAAUGUAAGGAGGUCUUAGUUUUGUCUGAAGAUAUGCCAGUGUCUUUUGAGAAUUUUAUGAAAAAUAUUACUUUGGGAAUUAAAAUCACAAAUAAGAGACUUGUUCUUCCUGUACUGUUUUAUCUUUUCUCUUGUAAACUAAAAGGUCCUAAUGAUUCAAUAAGCUGUAGUUGUUCUGGUGACUAUAGUGUCCCUUUAAAUACUAAAAGCAAGCUACAAGGGCUGGGAAAAAAAGGAAAAUUUAUUUUGGUAGGCAAGGGAAGAUCUGCUGCUGAUUGGCUGGAAUGUGUCUGCUGACUGUGAGGUACAGGGUCAAAGUUUAUGUUUAUGUUCGCCGUCCGCGGCGAACCGUUCGGGACAUCACUAACCAUUCUCUGACAAUCAAAUGUAUCUUUGAUUUUUAAGAUGUUUACUGGAUUCUGUAGACCCUUCAUCCCAUUAAAUUGGUUAUAGUGCAUGGAGUCCUCUGGUGUCCCUAAAUUCAGCCAUACCAAAUGACACUAGCAGUGGGCGCUGUGAUAGGCUGAAAGUGGUCAGCUGAUACUUUCAGCCAUUCAUCGCCACCCAUUGUUGCUCGAGCGAUGCUUCCUCGUUAACUCAAGCACCACAACGGGGAUGACCUAAUGGACUUGUUUAGCAGUAAAACGUUAAAAAUGGUUUAACACUCAGUGGAAGGAUGGCACCAGGAGGCUGCAGACAAUAUAACCUCUUCAAUGAGUUGAUGCAGUUAGUGUCCCUUUAAGGAUGGACAUCUGACAGCCACUAAAGCGGACAUCUCAGAUUCUGGCUCCCCAAGAUGAUGCUGAACUACAAGUUCCAUGAUUCCUUGAAACUUGGAACCAGACAAAUUUCUGAUAAAAAAUAAUGUUUUACAUUGUCUGAAAAAAAGACUGUAUCUUUGCACAAAAAAACCCCUUUAUUAAGAUGUCCCUUAAUUUAUUUACAUAAAUUUUAAAAAGCAGAGCAGUCAGGAUAUAACAUGUUUUAAGUCAGUGUGUUAAAAUGUGUUUCCAUUGUCAGAUUACUGAGUGAAUUAUUUUGGGUCCACCUUUGCCAAUUGAUUACAUUUCCACUAUUUUGUUCUCUUCACAUUUUUUUUCAGUUUAGCUUGAACAUAUUUUUCCAUUUCACUAUGACAUGUGAGUGCUCACCUUGAGGUGCUUGAAAUUUGUACCCAGUGUUGUUUUUAUCUCCUUUGCCCUCAUCUUUCAAUCUGACCGCACGCUCCUUGAGUUUGUUAGUGUUCUUACAGUCACUAUGCGCCCAUCUCUUGCCUGAGUCACUGUGCGUGUUUGGCAUCAUUUAUGUCUACAUCCAGGGCUGGUGUUUCUGCAGUGGGAGCACAGGAAAUAUUGAUGUUCUAUCUUAUUGUCUAAGGCAAAGAAAAUAUGCUCUUAUUCUCUCAGUAAUAGCCUCUGUGAAAUACAGCUCUUCCACAGCCUGGCAAUGAUGUUACUGUGAAAGAAAGGAGCGGGUGCUCUGCACAGGAUUUAUUGAGCUUUGAGUGGGAGCCGGGAAAUUCGUGUCACUGCUUACAGCAGCUUGUUCCGUGCCAGGUUUUGAUAGAAGCCUAGUAAACUACUUGCUCGAUUGCUUUGAGUAUUGUCUUAAAUGAACAAUUUGCACUGUUAAUGAUAAGCUACAGAUAAAUAUCAGGUAAACUAGAUGCUUCAAGUGCUCACUACAUUCUGGAAGCCACAAGUUAUCGUAAAAGCAAUGAAUUGGGUUAGCAAAUAUUAAAGAAUAAAACACUUUAAAAAAAUUUUUAUUAAUUCACGGUUAUGUGGCCUUACAAACCAAACAUAAUCGUCAUACAAGUGAAAAAAAGUGAAGCGCUAAAAACAUGCAUUUACAAUGUUCUUACCUUUAUUGCAAGGCUAAUACAGGGAUAUAGCCAAAUACAUGAAAUAGAAUAAAAACAUAAAGUGUAGAUGGUAAUGUACAUAUGAUCUUAAAAUAUGAUUAUGUCCACUCACAUGGGACUGAGUUUGAAGAUACUGGCUCAGUAAACAGCACUUCUAUUCCUUUUAAGGUAGCAUACCACCUCCCAAUGAAUAGAGUUCACAAUUCAAGGGACAUAGAAUAUAAAGAAGACUCCAAUAGUGCCAAAUGUACCAAUUUUUUUGUCAGAUAUUGCUUAAACAUUUUAACUCACCUUUUUUUUUUUUUUUUUUAAGAGCCUACAGAUUUAAAUGCCUGUUACCAAUUUCAGGGCUGGCAAAGACCCAAAUUACCUCUGGAACUGGAAAUCACACUUUGAACAUAAAGGGUGCUGGACAAUUUGAAAUUUAUUUUACUAAUAAAAUGUUAACGCAAUAAACCAUUAUAUAUCAAAAUAAAAACAAAACUAGUAGUGCAACAAAUAAAGGUCAAUGUGAUGUGUGCCAAAAUGCGUUUCGCUCGGUUUAGCUUCCUCAAGUUCAAAGGUCCUUCAAGUUCAAAUGCUGGCGCUGGGCUUCAUUAAAAAUCCACUGCAUAUCUUACCUACCUAGAUUUUAUUUUUUUAUUAUCAUGUCACCCCCUCGCCAGUUUCCUAGUACUCUAUGAAUGCACAUGAAUUGUAUCCCUUUUGGGCCUCCAUUGUUUAAAAUGAUGUGAGGCACUAUGGCCUUCAAAUUUCUUUCUAAUGUUCCAAACGUUUUCUUCUACACGUACAUGUAGACAAUCCUUUGUUCGUCACCUCAUAUUUAAAACCACAUGGACAUAUUAAAUAACUUACAUUUGAGAAGUGGCAUGUAAAUAAGUUUUUAAUAUAAUAUUGUCAUUUGCAUUACUAAACUUUGUGAUGUUUUUCUUUUUACUUUGUGUAUUUCUGCAGGCUAGGCAUGAGCCACAACCAUAAAAAUCUUUUUCAUUAUUUAGAAAUGUUUUUUGUUCCUUAUAUGUGAUUUUUAACCUGUAUACUACUUAAACUAUGGUCACCACUCAAUAUGACAAGCGUUUUUACCGAUAAAAACGAAUAAAGCACUGGGUCUUGUCUUAAAAUAUGCCAUUGUUUGUUUAUAAUUUUGCUUCUUUGUUAAUCAUUUUGAUUAUACUUGCAGAUUAUGGGUACGUCAUCCCCCAUAUCCUGUACCUGUGUUUCUUCUUAUUAAGUGCCUCUUGAUAACUGCCUUCAAAUCCACUAUAUCAUCUUUGCUACAAAAUUUUUUUUUGUUCUUUAAAUGAACUCUCAUCAGUACAAUUUCUCUUUAUCUUUAAAACAUUGGGAUUUGGGCAUUCCUUUCAACCAAGGGGGAAAAUGGCAACUAGAAUCCUGAAUAAAACUGUUCACAUCCAGUGCUUUAAAGUGCAUACUUGAUUUAAUUUAGAAACCAAACAACUUAACAAGUGCACUUGUUUUGUCAAAUGGAUGAACUCUAUUUCUGCUCUUUGUAGCAGUGGUUUGCAGCUUGACUUCCUGUCACUCUUCUUCUGGUACUGGCGCUUCAGCAAACAGAAGUCGACGUUACUCUUGCGCAUGCCACUUUAACAUUUUGGUUCUUAGUGUCCCUUUUAUCAUGUUGCUUGAUCAGGUUAUACAUAAUUUGUAUUAUGCAACAGCUGUAUUCCCUUUAUAUUUUGUUUUGUAUAAAUAAUUUGCAAAUCAAGUUAUUAUAAUCUAUUUAAAUAUAUCUGCUAUACAAGCAAAUCGGCUUCCUGUAUUUUGGCAAACGUAACCGUUACAAAUACAAAUGGAAAACCAACAUACCAUGCUAAGAAUGCAUUUCUGUUGUUAUGUUGACAAAGCAUCUAAUCAUAAUGUGAAAAAAAAAAGUUUUUCUUAUUUAUUUAUUUUUUUACUUCUUCCAGACGCUGUUUAUGGAGGUGAAUCUGGUUGAAUGUGCAGGUGAUGACCCAGAGGAGGCCAGUGAGAGGUGAGAUUUAGCAAUGCCUCAGUUUCCCAACAAGAUAUCUCACUGCAAAGCAGAGGAGUUUUGUUGUGCUCCAUUGAUAAAGCUUGGAAGACCUGAUCAGCAGACUGUCUGCUGACUUGUCUCUCUGGGAAAGUCCUGCCUUUAUCAAACUGGGUUUUUUCCCACGCUGUAUAUUGCAGGCACCUGGCAUCCAGCCAUGCUUCAUCUCUAUGGAGCACUAUGUUUUCAGUGCGAUAAUUUUUCAUGUUACAGGUGCACAUUUUUCCUUUACUUAAACAGCAUGCAAUAUUCUUGUCACUAGGGAGGCAUCUCGCUAGUUUAGAGAGGGCUUGGUGAAUUUAAUGUAAUUGUUCCCUUUUAAAAUUCAUAAAAUUAUAGGCACAAAAGUAACUUUAUUUGUUAUUUAGCAUUGCAGUUAAAUUAUAAAAUCACUAUCUAGUAACAUAAACUGUAUCUUCCUGGGACCUCAUUCCAGAAGUAAUAUUUUCAACGCCUCCUCUUAUUGAGCAAACUAAAUGGUUUAAGCUGUGUCACUGGAAUACAGUAUUGUUCUCACAUAAAGGGAGUACUGCGAAUAACAAUGUUUCAUUGUAUUUCUUAUUGGCAAACAGGCAUACAACUGUGAUAUUUAACACGUGAUUUGUGCGUCUUUCUUUAUUAAAAGAUUGAAUAAUAGCUCGGCAUACGUAAACAUUUUGGUGCUGUGAAAGCACAGUUAAAUUGCUAAAACAGGUCAGUUGCCAUUUUCCUCACAAGCUAUACACUGAACACAGCUGUUUACUUAAUUGCUAAAUUUUUACUUGGUUCGUUUGGCAUACCAGUAAAAGACAGGACAAUUUGGCUACAGCCACUACAACCAAAACAACGUGUGUGGCACCCCACAAUGCAUCCUGAAGUGGAUGCUAUUUGUUUCAUUUGUGUAAGAACUGCCUAAAAAACACCAGGGCCGCAACAUAAGGUUGCAAAUUUAACGCUCAGGGAGAUAUACCUCCUGACACCUCCAUUUACAAUUAGAAAUAAUGCGUGGCAGGAUUGCCCCCAUUAUUAUUUACAUUGACUUUUUUUUUUUACUCCAUAAGGUGCCAUCCUAACAUUAGGAGAAUGGACGGUGUAAAGUACAAAUUUAGCUUAUUUGCCGAUAAUGUGCUUUCCUUCCUCUCCUCUCAAUAUUCUUCCAAAUUCAAACAGUCCAUUCACACGUUUCCAUUUUUUUCUUUUUAAAACGCUACAUAUGUAAAACUUUGAACAAUUAAUCUUAAAACGACUCUCAUGGAGGAGGCGAGGCUUGAGCACUAUGGCGGCCGGUCGCAUUCCGAGUGAGUUCCUCUUUUAGCUCAUACAAAACUCACAUUUCUCAGCUACCUACACCCCUAUUUCAAACCUACCAGAGACUUACCUUCCUCUAGAGUUGACCGGAACACCUUUCUAGCAAGGGGGCAUUUUGCCUGUUGUUGCUCACCUCAGAAGGUACAGUGCGAACAGCGGGGGGGGGAGGCGGCCGCUGUCCUUGUCCACGAAGGCUUGUGUCCUCGCUGGGCCUCUCUGCUGCCCCGUUCCCACCCGCCUCCCAUAUCGGCUGCAAAGUGAGUUAUCCCGGUGCCUGAUGGGCCACAUAUCACAGUCUUGUGUGUCGUGGACAUCAACCCUGAAGCAAUUUAGUAAGGGGCUAGUGCUGACAAACAAGAUCCUGAUGACACAAGGCCUGGCCAUACACCAAUCUGGCCCAACGUAGCACUAUAAAGAAAUCGUGGACCGUGUAGAUGUGGUUUUCGACCACUUCCUGGCUGUCCUUGAGAAAUGGUGGAACCGUGCGGAUAAAGAUACCACUAGGCUGGCUGGUAAAAGGAGGGAUUAUGGAGUGAGGCCUAAAGUGCACCCCGCCAGCAACUCAACUAUCAAGCGGAUAACUGACAAGCUACCUUCAUGCCCACCUGGGCCUAGAGCCAACUGGGGAUCAACCCUAAUGCUCCAGCCAUACAAGCAGAUGCGCUCAAUCCAUACUCAACAACACUUCAAGCCUGACAGGGCGUUCUGUCUUCCUAAGGUGAAUUAAACUCAAAUAUAAACUAGAAGAAAUAGAGGGACAAAAAAAAGAUUAAUUUAAAAGCAAAGCCUGCAAAUGGACUGCUGCUUUAAACCUGAGCUGAUAGCCCCGUUGUCUGGGACCUUAACUCUUCAGUCUAUAUACAUGGAGAGGUAAUGAGAUCCUUAAAGAUCUCACUCUUUCCAGUUAGUGGUCAUAGUCUAACCCUGUAGCAAUCCCUGAUAUUGUGACAUCCGACUGACUCAAUCAUUGCGGGAGGACUUGGGGCUGACUCCUGAAUUGUUUGCGUUUGUGGCAGGGAAGCAUUCUCGGACACUUCAACAGACACUCAUCUUGACUUAUAUGAAAGUGCCAGUAUCUAUUGAAAUCUGCACUUUGUAAAAUGAAAAAAGGUCAAACUCUUCACACAAACACUUCAACGAGCUGAAGUGAUUUAGAGGUCUGGAAUGUCUCUUUAACAUUUGAAGAUGGGAUUACGGAGACAUUGAAUCUUGCAGGGCAUCCCAGUCAUAAGAGCAUACAUAGUGGACGCUUUCCACUGUAACCAGUUGCUCCAUUUUGUUUUUGUUUUUUUAGAGCUACCUGUACAACAUAUGGUCUUUUUUUGUAACCACUUUUCAAUUACACUAUAGCCGGACAAUUUUUAUUUCACAGUUCCUUGCUGCUCCCUAUGGUUUUAAAAAUGGAGAUAUUUUAAGUGAGGUGUUAAACCAGAAACACUGGAAUGAAAUUUGACAAGACAGUCUAAACCUGCUGCACUCUUGUCAAGGAGAAUGAUUACAGGGUUGUUGAGAUGUAGUACCAAAACCCUGCCUUGCAGUAAAAUGCGCCCCCUAUUGGACUAACUUUAUCGGUAACUUAGCAAGGCGCCAGCUGACUUGCGUGUAACCAAAUCCAUGAACAACAUAAAUAAAUGAGAAAUAUACUAGAGUUAAACUUGCUAAAAUUCUUAACUAUUCUUACUCUGUGCUGUGACACAAAUGUGUUUAUAGGGGGAAAUGGUGAAAGGUGCUCCCUUCCGCAGUGCCCCAAAUAUAAGACCAUCUUGCUGAUAUUAUUUUCAAAGAAUUCCACUAACUUACAGUACAAUAUGUAAGAUGAUGUUGAUUGCAAGGGCAUCUUCUUUGGUUACAUCUGGAAUAAACUGCAUAAUGUUUACACGUCUCUGUUACGAUCUCCAGAAUAUACUGACAUUUAUGAAUAAUUCUAUUAUAAACUCUGCAUUAUGAGGUACACCUGUAAACUAGUGUUUUCCCACACUUUCAUUUCCUUUACCCUCUCUUUACAUUUCUAUAUUCUACUCCCCUUUUUUGUAUGUACAAUUCACACCAUCCCCCAAAUGCCAUUCUGUUAAUAAUCUAUUGUUAUAUUCCCUUAGUGUUCCAUCCCUAAUUGAUGAAGCAAAUGGGAAAAGCCCAGGUGAGCAACACGAGGACGUCCAAGCAGAAGAGCAGGAGAUUACAGUUUGCCCAGGUAAAGUAGUAUGUUCAGUUAUACUUACUAUUCCCAAAAAUGUGUGUUUGGCUGUUCUUGGGUUAUUUUAAUGAAAUAGGCAAUACAGUUAUUAUGUUAUUAUGUUAUUUAUAUAGCGCCAACAAAUUCCGUGGCGUUUUACAGUGGGUGGACGAACAAACAUGUAGUUGUAACCAGACAAGUUGGACACACAGGAACAGAGGGGUUGAGGGUCCUGCUCAAUGAGCUUACAUGCUAGAGGGAGUGGGGUAAAGUGACACAAAAGGUAGGGAUAUUAUUAGACUAAUGACAGUUGCAAGAGAGGAAUCCGUUUAAACAAUUAAAACAUUAAAUGGACAAUGCAGGCUGAAAGCAUCUAUUUCUGACCAUAUCUUAUUAAAUGGACACUCCACUGCCAAAUAAACACUAUUUAGUAAACAUACCCAAAUGAAAACAUGCAUGCAUUAACCGCUUAACGCCGUUACGGCGUUCUAUGCUGUCCCCAUUAUAAUGGGCUUUAAAGCCGUUGCCGCGGCAUAGAACAACGCAACUGCUUUCUACCCCAGGAGCCUCCUGAUACUCACCUUCCCGGCGAUCCGGUUCGGGAGGACUGCCUGACAGCCCAGGCAGCCCUCCCCCUGCAAAUCAGGCCCCCUGUAGCUGGCUGUGGAUCAUAAAAAUCAUUAAACAUGCAAAAAUAAAUUUAAUGUGUGUGUGUGUGUGUAUAUGUGUAUAUAUAUAUAUAUGUGUGUGUGACGUCAUACGUAGUGUAUUUUAAUGUUAAUAUAAAUACAUAUAUUGGUAUUAAAAUACACUUGAAUGAAUAAGAUAUAUAUUUUAUAUAUAUAUAUAUAUAUAUAUAUAUAUAUAUAUAUACACACACGUAUAAUUACAAUAAUAAAUUAAAUAAUAAAAUAAAUUAAAUUUUUUAAAAUAUAUUUUAUAUUUAUAUAUACGUAUAAUUAAAAUAAAAUAUUUAAAAAAUUAAAAUAAAUUAGAUAUACAUAUGUAAUUUCAUUCUAACUGUAUUUUGUUAUAUAUAAUAUGUGUGUGUAAGAAAAUACACUUAGAAUGACAUUCUAUAUAUAUAUCUAUAUAUAAAAUACAAAUAACCGCAAAUAUAUAUAUAUAGUUACAUGAGUAUACACGUCGAAUUUAAAUGUGUGUGUGUGUGUGUGUAUAUAUGUAUAUAUAUGUAUAUUAAAAUUCUACAUGUAUAUUUAAGUUAUCUUUUAACAUAAUUAUGUGACUUAAUUAAAAUACGAUUGAUGUGCCUGACAACCCAGGCAGAAAGUGCAGAGAAUUUAAUUCGCAAGCACUAUAUUUAACCCUGUAAAUUUCCAAGACACCAUAAAACCUGUACAUGGGGGGGUACUGUUUUACUCGGUAGACUUCGCUGAACACAAAUAAGUGGCUACUAAAAAGACUGGACAUACACCACUUGCAAUACCUUGGAUUGUGUACUUUUGCAAAUGGUAUGCCAUCAUGGGGUUAAUUCUCAUUCCUGGGCUACCACACGUUCUCAAAGGUAACAUUACUAAUCUGGCAAAUUUUAAUGUGAAAAAAAUGUAAUGUGCUGUCUUUUGUUCUUGAUCAAACCAAGUGUUUGUUUAUUUGAGUAUCUGCCCCUGUCCAGAUUGUUUAAGAUAAGAUGCGUGCACGCGGAAGUAAAUCACACUGAGACACAAGUUUCAGGUUAAUGAAAAACUAGGAAAUCAGGAAUUAAAAAACUUAGAAGGGCAGCAAACCCAUUAUAAAGCAGAAAAGACAUCAUAUGCAAAACAUGAGAUAACUGAGAGUAUACAUCUUUAAUUGGUUAAGUGUCUUAUCUAAUGCACUUCCUCCAAAGUGUGAUGUCUCCAUCAUCUCGGGAUUUUGGUCGAUGGGAGGGGGCAUUCUAGCAGCCAUUUUGAGUGAAUACUGAAUCAGGUAUACGUGGUAAAUAGACAUUUUACCUAAUUUCUAUCCAUAACAAUUUGACCCUGUAACUUUCCAAAACACUGUAAAAUCUGUUAAUGGGGGGCACUGUACAACCCUGUGCAUUUUAUUGCAGUAAAAGCGAACAGUAUUAUGACAUUUACAGCUAAAAUGUCAGGCAGAACUACACAUUUUUAUAAAAAGUCUUAAUUUCUCACCAUUUAAAAAAAAAUAAAAAAUUGUUUUAUUCAUAAUAAUUUAUGUUUCAUAUAUGAGUAGUUCAUGAGAAAUGAAAGCCCUGUUUCUCCUGAACAAAAUUAUAUAUAAUUAGUGUGGGUGCAAUUAAUAUGAAAGAGGUGAAUUAGUUUUGUUUACAUUUUGUUUUGAUCUGAACGUGUACUAUUGAUUUCGUCCUGAAGGGGUUAAAUAUACCCACAAUUUUUAAUUGGGGGUAUAUUUAAAAACAGUUUGCAAAACCUGCAGAUCUCUUAUCUGCAGCCUUUACAAGCCCUCCCAUUCUAACCCCGCCCAGACUUUCUGUGGCUGUCCAAUCACUGACUUCUCAAUCAGAAGUAUUUAGAAAACAGGUCCUCUUAGCAAUUGCUAAUUCUUAAGUUUAGCUCCACUGAGGUAAACAAACCAGGAAGUAACAAGACCAUUUAUCUGCUUGAAAGCCAAGAGGGUGUGACCAGGCUACAUGCUUAUUAUUAUGCUUAUUAUUAUUAUUGCCAUUUAUAUGGCGCCAACCAAUUCUGUAGGGCUUGCAUACCCACUGCUCACAUAUUAGUAUGUCUAUGCUAAUACGCAGGCAACCACGAGUGCGGCAGACAUAAAAGUUGCCCAUGUAGGACUAAACUUUCAGACACUGCCUGCAGGUUUUCCUUUUUUUUUUUUUUUUUGCUUACAGAAGCAAGGUCAAUCUGAACCACUUAGAUUUUACCCCGUCUCGGAUAAGUAAUGUAUGAUACUGGGUCCGCUUCACUUUGAUGCACUGGUUAGUGAUACUUAUCCGGACUGGCAUGACAAUACUGUAUAGCCAACAGCAUCUUUAUUGGGAUUAAGUUCUAGCUUAAAUUUUAGCCACACAUAUGCAGGUCGGAAGUUCUGCUGUUACAUAAUGCCUGCUAUCACCUAUAUCGGAACCGCAGUGUAAAACAUAAUUUGCCCUGCUUUUGUAACAUCCCCCUGGACAGCCGUUUAAAUUCAUACAGCAUAUAUACCCCUCCAUUACAACAGCGCACUUCCCUUCCCGUUCGCUUAGCAAUACAUGUCUCACAUUAUAAAUACCUAACUUAAAUGUGAUUAUCUGUGAUGCCUUUAAGUAACCUUGAUUUUGUAUGCCCCUACAUGCUGAUGUAUGAUCUUGCUUUGUAUUGCCAUGUUCGGCCUCUGCGUAGGUUCAGGUUCAUAUGCACCUUUAUGUCGCUGUUCGACUGCAUUAUUUGCAACUAAAAUAAAAACCAUUUAAAACACCCUAAAAAAAAAAAAAAAUACUUUUACAUCCAAGAUCAAGGCUGCUGUAGUCUAACAAAGGGGUGGUGGAGCUUAAAGGGACACUAUAGUCACCAAAACAACUUUAGCUUAAUGAAGCAGUAUUGGUGUAUAGGUCAUGCCCCUGCAGUUUCACUGCUCAAAUUGUAACUAAAAUUGAUUAAGCUGUAAAUUGAGCACAGUUUAUUUCAGAGGAUACUUUGUACUAUAUGGAACACAUUCUGUAAAGAUUAUUUGUUUAUUAUUUCUCAUUAUGAUGCUUACUCAAUGACUACGCUAGUUUUGUUGGAGCAGAUUUUGGCAUCCAUGCAUAGAUAAUUAAUACUUUAAAAGUUAAAGGCAACACGUGUUCUGAUCUUCAUAUGCUUAAAGGAUCACUAUAGGGUUAGGAACACAAACAUCUAUUCCUGACCCUAUAGUGAAAAUCCACCAUUUUGGUGGCUAGCCCCCUCAGAAUGGGUUAAAAUUAGGGAUUAUUCUAGUCCUAGUGACUGAGUAAUCUAAAUUUUAUUAACGACAGGAGGCGAAUAUUUGCUUUAUCUUUCUUUACUGAACCUCCCAGCAGGAAAGAAAUAGUUAACAAUAAUGUAAAAAUAAUUCAACCAAUCAGAGUGUAUAACAGUAUUAUAUGAUGUCGUCAAACUCCUCCAAUAUCCUCUUUCUUGUUGUAGCCGACGAUAUCAGAGUAUCAACCAUGUAA